AUGACAGCUAAGGAGCAAGAUCAUCAGCAGGUGAAUGCUUUAUUCCCAGACGAUCCACUUAGAGCAAAGAUAAGAUGUUCGCUCCUCCGAAAUUUGAUGCCUUCCAUGUACAGAACCCAUUCCUCAGUUAAGCCAGCUGCCAGUUAGCCUGGGAGUUCGUUAACUCACUUCCUACCAACUAUGUACUGUGGAAGUAGGUCUGUCACAAGCAUUUUGAUCUUAUUUUAGGGGGCAAUGGUGGAGGGUUGUGUGAAGGCGGUGGUGGUAGAAAGGCUCUUCUCUCCCCAAGGGGCACAAACCCUUGGGGGGGGGGAAAUCCUUUGAGGAUUCAGUGGAAUCAUAGAAUUGUAAAGUUGGAAGGGACCCUGAGGAUCAUCUAGUCCAACCCCCUGCAAUGCAGGAAUAUGCAGUUGUCCCAUGCAGGGGAUUGAACCUGCAACCUUGGUGUUAUCAGCGCCACGCUCUAACCAACUCAGCCAUCAACGGACAGCUGCAAAAGAUUAACCCCUGGUAUCUUCAUUUAUUUAUUUAUUUAUUUAUUUUGAGUUUAUGCAUUUCACUAAUUUUACAAUCAUCUUAACAUUUCCAAACUUGACUUCCUUCCCCCUCUUUCUGCGGUUCCUUAAAUUUCUUUUUAAUAUCUUCGGCAUAUCCAAAUUACGUAACUCGCACAUUUAUUCAUCUUCUUUCAAAGCUGCAGGUUAUUACGAAAAUCCUGCCAAUGUUUUUAUCUGUUUGCAAUUUAUCUGUAAAUAUUCAAUAAGCCAUUUCCGUUCUUUUAUUUAAAAAUUGUUAUCUUGAUUUCUUAUUCUCCCAGUAAGUUUUGCCAUUUCUGCAUAUUCCGUAAGUUUUUGUAUGCAUUCUUCCUUUGCUGGGACUUCUGCUUCUUUCCUUAUUUGGGCAAGUUACAUUCUUCCCGCUGUAGUCGCGUACAUGAAUAAGUUUCUAUACAGUUUAGGUAGUUCUGUCCCUAUAAUUCCCAAAAGAAAAGCUUCUGGGGUUUGUUUGUUUUUAAACAAAGGUUAUUUUAAACAUCCUUUUCAUUCCAUUAUAUAUUAUUUCCCUGGCAUCUUCAGAUCAGUCUGGGAAUAUAUCCAAUCUGGAAUCCUGGAUAGUUGCCUCCAGAGAAUAUAGACAAUAUGUAUACCAGGCAUAGGCAAACUCAGCCCUCCAGAUGUUUUGGGACUACAACUCCCAUGAUCCCUAGCUAACAGGACCGGUGGUCAGGGAUGAUGGGAGUUGUAGUCCCAAAACAUCUGGAGGGCCGAGUUUGCCUAUGCCUGACGUAAACAAUAUGAGAUGCUGAGAUUCCUGCAUUGCAGAGGGUUGGACUGGAUGAUCCUUGGGGGGGGGGUCCCUUCAAACUCUGCAAUUCUAUGACUCUGUAACCAGUGUCUGAUUUGGUAUAAAGAUGGGGGAAGAUGGACUUGAAUGUCCCCCAAGGUCCCUUUCAAUGGUGUGAUUUCUGGUGCUUACUGGUACCUUGGCCCAGUAGGAAGGCCUGGGGUCACCAAGACCUCAGCCACAAAAUUGAAUUUGCCAGUCAGGCGUGUUUUGCUCAGGGAAGCCAUCCUCCUCCUCUCCCCCACUCCUUUUCCUUUUUUUAAAAAAAAUAUUUUUAUUAACAAUUUCAACAUACAAACUAUCAAAACAUAUCACAUUCAUUAUUUUUUCCCUUUCCCCCUUCAAACCCUCCCCCCCCGAGACUUCCCUCAGCUCCUCUCUCUGAUUUCUCAGCACAUAUUAUUCUCUGCAUGUUAUAAAACUGUAUAUAUCCUUACGUUCUCUAUCUAUCAUGUUAUCAAACCAAUAAAUUUGUGUAUGUUUAUUCAAACCCUCCCAAGGAGUCCAGUUCAUUUUGUUGUCUUUUUAGAUCAUUUGUAAAAAGCUGCCAUUCUUCCUGAAAGUCACAGUUGUCCUUGCCCCGCAGUUUGUAUGUCAAUUUAGCCAGUUCUGCAUAACUCAUCAACUUUUCUUGCCACUGUUCUUUCCUUGGGAUUUCCUCAUUCUUCCAUCCUUGUGCUAUCAAGACUCUUGCCGCUGUUGUAGCAUACAUAAAUAAGUUCUUAUUUUCCUUGGCAGGUCUUGUCCUAGAAUCCCUAACAGAAAUGCUUCUGGUUUUUUUUUACUCCUUUUCCAGCCUAAUGCCUGCUUUUCCCCCCCUCCCUGGCAUGGCGCAGGCUUUUGCUCAGCGAGGCGAGCUAAUGUUUUAAUGCUUUUCCCCUGUUCUUGCUUGGCUGAUGCCCCUAGCAAGAAGCACGAAGCCAGAAUCCUCCGCUUUAGAUCAGACGACAUUCUCAUUUCCAACCUCUUUUUCUCUCCUUCCCCUAAAGCACACACCUGCCUAACCUCCUUGACUGUUUUUGGUAUACGAGAGAGAGAAGGGGGAAAUCCAUCCAUUUGCUUUCCUGAUUCUUCCUCAGGAGCCGUAGCAGCCUCAAAACCUCCUCUUUCACUUUGGGUUUUCCCCCUGAUCCCUUCCAGAGCUCAGGUAUUGUUGUUGUUGUUUAGUCGUUUAGUCGUGUCCACCUCUUUGUGACCCCCUGGACCAGAGCACGCCAGGCACUCCUGUCUUCCACUGCCUCCUGCAGUUUGGUCAAACUCAUGCUGGCAGCUUCGAGAACACUAUCCAACCAUCUCGUCCUCUGUCCUCCCCUUCUCCUUGUGCCCUCAAUCUUUCCCAACAUCAGGGUCUUUUCCAGGGAGUCUUCUCUUCUCAUGAGGUGGCCAAAGUAUUGGAGCCUCAGCUUCACAAUCUGUCCUUCCAGUGGGCACUCAGGGCUGAUUUCCUUAAGCAUGGAUAGGUUUGAUCUUCCUGCAGUCCAUGGGACUCUCAAGAGUCUCCUCCAGCACCAUAAUUCAAAAGCAUCAAUUCUUUGGCGAUCAGCCUUCUUUACUUCCAUACAUCACUACUGGGAAAACCAUGGCUGAGACUGGGGAAGGGGCGUGGCUCAGCUGAAGAACAGCUGCUUUGAAUGCAGAAGGUCCCUGGUUUGCUUCCAAGACAUUUAAAAAAAAGACUUAAUUUUUCAGCAGUCUACUUAACGCCAAGGUAAGUUCGAUCCCCAUAUGGGACAGCUGCAUAUUCCCUGCAUUGCAGGGGGUUGGACUAGAUGGUAGGGACGCAGGUGGCGCUGUGGUCUAAACCACCGAGCCUUGGGCUUGCCGAUCAGAAGGUCAGCAGUUUGAAUCCCCAUGAUGGGGUGAACUCCCUUUGCCCUGUCCCAGCUCCUGCCAACCUAGCAGUUCAAAAGCACACCAGUGCAAGUAGAUAAAUAGGCACCGCUGCGGCAGGAAGGUAAACAGUGUAUCCAUGUGCUCUGGUUUCCGUCACUGUGUCCUGUUGCGCCAGAAGCGGUUGAGUCAUGCUGGCCAUGUGCCCCGGAAAGCUGUCUGUGCACAAACUCUGGCUCCCUUGGCCUGAAAGAGAGAUAAGCGCCGCAACCCCAUUGACUGGACUUAACCGUCCAGGGGUCCUUUACCUUUACCUUACUAUAUGGUCCUAUGGGUCCCUUCCAAUGCUACAAUUCUUUGAUUCUAUGUUCUACCUCGGCAGUCUGGGGUGGUCUGGUCCUGGGAGGAAUCAGAAGUUGAGAGAGCUGCUGCUGCUGCACUGAGGUCCUGCUUUCAGGCUUCCCAUUGAGGGGCUUGUGGCUGGUCACUGUUAAAAUAGGAUACUGGACUAGAUGGGUCUUUGACCAGCUGCAGCCCUCUUCUUAUAACCUUAUGAGUAUCAGAGAGGGAGGUCUAUUGUUUUCAUACCCUGCAUGUGGGCUUCUGAGGGGGAACGACUUUUCUGUUUGGCCACUGGACUAAAUGACCCAGCAGGGAUGUCCCUAUGACGGAAAAGAAAUCCAUUUUUUUGAAAAAGGAUUUACUGUAUACAUGGAAUUUGGUGGUUCUGACACAAUUGAUGUUUGCCCGCAUUGGACUGUUUCUUUCUUCUGUCUGAGCUACUGUGCCUUUUUGCUUCUGGAAAGCCCUACUAACAAAAUUACAAGCAAAAAAGGAAAAAGCCUAUAAAAAGAGUCAAGCUCCGUGCAACACCAUAUUUCUGCAGCAUAAUUUUAUAAAUAUUAAUGCAUAGGUGUUUUUACAUGGCUGUGUGCACUGCCAAUGCAGGCAAUGAUUCAGAUAAUGUGUGAGAAUUGGUCAUAUUUUCAGCGGAACUGGUGGAAAUUGUUUUUAUCUAUAUAAUUGUUAUAUAUACACCCACACCCCUACCUGUGUGUUUUUAUUGUAUUGUGAAAUUGCUUUGAGAUGCUCUCUAUAGGAAGCAAUUCAGAGUUGAAAUAAAUACAUAACUCACUUCUCAUUGAGCUCAAGGAAUGAGCUGGGCAUCAGGGAGAGAGAGAGAGAGGGAGAGGGAGAGAGAGAGAGAGAGAGAAACCCAUUUGACAUUGGCAUCUUCAGGCUUGUAUGCUGUGUUGGCCUUUCUCAGAGUAGACCCACUAAAAUCCAUGGACCAUAGUUAUGUCAAGGGAUGGGGGCAAAUUUGAUUUGGUGCACAUUUAAAGGCAAACCACAUCCAGUCCACACUUUCCAAAAUGAUAGGAGAUUCACAUUAGCCAUCCUUCAAAAUCCACACAUUUCUGAAUUUUGCAACGCAGUUCUCCAACGAAGCAAUGUCUACAAAACUGAAUAUCUUUGGGGGCAAAGUGUCUGUUUAAAUGCAUAUAUUAGUGAAAUGAACAUGCAAAUAUGUGCUCUUUUAAUGCAAUUAGUUUGCUAAAAGAAAAAGAAAAGAAAAAAGUGUCAGGCAAAAAUUGCAUAUGAAUGUGUAUCUGGUGGAUUUUCAUGAGGAUUUUGAAACAAAAAAUUCUAACAGCCUGGAUAGCUCAGUUGGUUAGAGCGUGGUGCUGAUAAUGUCAAGGUUGCAGGUUCAAUCCCUGUACGGGACAACUGCAUAGUCCUGCAUUGCAGGGGGUUGGAUCUGAUGAUCCACAGGGUCCCUUCCAGCUGUACAACUCUAGGAUUCUAUGAUGUGGAAAUACAGGGAGCUGAAUUCAUGAUUUGGGGAACUAGAAACUGAAAUGGACAGAUUCACUCAUCCCUAGCUGUGUAUUUUAAUUUCAAUGGGUCUGCUCUAAGUAGGGUUGGAACCUCAAGCUUUGAAAUAAUUCCGCCUGCCCCAGUGAGGCCACCAGUUGUUGGAAAGCACAGGAAGUUAUCAUGCUAUUAUCCUGCUCUGGUCAAUGUUGCCAGUUUCCUAUUAGAUGUCUGGUCAUCGACUGUGAGAAAAGGUUAUUGGACCAGGAGGCCAUUGGUCUGAUCUAGCCGGGCUCUUCACACACACACACACACACACUUUUUUAAAAUUAAAUUUUCUGUUUUACAAUUUAAAAUACUCAUUUUACAUCCUUAAGAUUGGAUGAACUCAUGGAGGAAAGGGCUGUUGAUGGCUACUAGCCAGGAUUGCGAUCCUCUAUGCUUCUGGAUACCAGUUGCUGGAAACCACAGGAAGGAAGAGUGCUCUUGAACUCAGGUCCUGCUCGCUUUGGGGUUUUCUUCUUCUUCUUCUCCCUUCCCUUCUCUUCUCUCUUUUAAAUAUGAUCUUUAUUCAAUUUUCCGUUCUACAAUUUCAGAUAAACACUUUACAUACUUAAGGUAUCAGUGACUCCUCUUCUUCUCUUUCCAUGGUUCAUUUUACAUAUGAAUCCCUGCAUAUUUUACAAAAACUGUACCAAUCAGUAUUCCAUUAUUGCAUCCAUCAAAAUUUAUUUAUCUUAAUGCUGCCAGCGUUUUCAGCCGUACACAAUUAUUUCUCAUAUAUUCAGUAAAUGUUUUCCAAUCAUCUUUUAAACAUAUGUUCUUCUUGCUCUCUUAUUCUAUAUGGUAAAUCUGCAAGUUGUACAUAUUCUGUCAGGUUACCACUCUAUAGGACGCACCCGACCAUAGGACGCACCUUGUUUUAGAGAGGGAGAACAAGAAAAAAAAAUUAUCCCCCUCUGCUCAGCGCCCCUUCAGCGAAGCGGCAGGAGAAACGGAGCCCCUUCCAUUUCUCCUCCCACUUGGCUGAAGGGGCGCUGCGCAGCUCUCCCUCUCUGCUCAAGCCAGGAGAGUCUUGCUCUCCCGGCUUCAGCAAAAGGAACCCGAAGCCUCCGGAGCGCAGUGGGAACUCGAGCUGUGCUCCGAAGGCUUCAGGCAGCUGUCCCCAAUACUCUUUCACCCUUUUACAAGUCCACCACAUAUGAAAGAACGUUUCCUCAAGCUCUUUGCAUCUCCAGCACUUAUCUGAUUCAGUCUUGUACACCUUAGCAAGAGCAAGGCUCUUUUUAGGUUCUUAUGAUGUUGUUUGCCUGGAGGUCCAUCAAAAGACCUCGCAAUGAUCCCUUGCAAUGCAUCAGCUGGGUCUCAAGCAAAUGUCUAAGAAAUUUCUUGAGCAUGAUUCUUUCAGAAGUCUCACUUGGCCAGCAGCGUUCAGCUGCUGAAGUUGGAUGCCGCACUUGUGAUUUUACAAAACAGAAGGAUCCUCUUCAGUAGUAAACACUUGAGCUAGGUAGGGCAUGGUGCUGCCGUUGCUUCUAGAAAGAUUUCAUGAACCCUAUCAGAUGUGCGUCUCCAUCCGAAGAAGGCUGGUGGAUGCUUCUCCCUGUCUGGCAAGGAGCCAUCCAUCUUCGUUACCAGCUGGAACGGAAGAGUUGUUGUUGUUUAUUUAAAGCCAUUUAGAAAUCUCUUCUUGUAAAGUAUUUCAAAAGCAAUUUUGCAAUAAAUGCAUCAGCCAUGGGGGGAGAAGGAACAAUUACAUAUAAGAAAAACAAUCCUAACUUUUCUGCUAAGAAACCCAAUUAAAAAUACUUUUAUAUGUAAAACACCCACAAAACUUCAUAUUUAAUCUAUGGAACAGUGGCAAUGAUGGCCACUGUUUCGGAUGACUUGAAAUCCGCCUUGGCAACAACAAAAUGAAUUGGACUCCUUGGCAGGUUUUGAAUAAACAUACACAAAUUUAUUGAUUGUUAACAUAGUAGAUAGAUAAUAUAAGUAUUUAUACAAUUUUACAGUAGGCAGAGAAAAAUAUGAGUUGAGAAAUCAGAGAGAGGGGCUGAGGGAAGUCUCGGGGGUGGGAGGUUGAUGGGGAGGUGGGGUGAAAAAUGGGGGGAAAUAAUGAAUAUGAGAUAUUCUGAUAUUUUGAUAUGUUGAAAUUGUUAAUAAAAAAAAUUCUAUAAAAAAAGAAAUAAAUCCGCCUUGGUGGGUAGCUCCGUUGAUAGAGCAUGAGACUUUUCAUCUCAGGGUCAGGGGUUCAAGCCUCAUGUUGGGCAAAAGAUUCCUGCACUUCAGGGGGGUGGACUAGAUGAUCCUCAGGGUACCUUCCAACUCUACAAUACUAUGAUUCUAUGAAAUGUGGAUUAGACAAAUUCAUAGGCAGAAGCCUAUCUAGGGCUACUAGCCUGGCUAUGCUCUGCGUCCAUGGUUGGAAGCAAUAAUGCUUCUGAAUAUCAGUUGCUGGAAACCGCAGUGUGAUGGCCUGGGACUCAGGCUCGGACUUGGAACCAGAGGAGUCUCAGUCCGCACCAGAUCCUCUGCCUCAGGCAGCAUCUGAACCGAGUCUGGGGCCUGAUUCUGAAGAGCCCCAGUCUGCACAGGUUCCCCUGCAACAAGCACCAGCUGGACCAAGUCAGGGGCCUGAGCCUGCCCUGGCUCCAGAUGUGGGGAUUACCUCGUUGCCUUCAGCUGGGCCAUCACUUACAGCUGCUCCACUACCAGUUGGGUCAGGAGAGGCUGAGGCGGCCUCUGGGUCUAGUAACCCACCAACGUCUCCCGAGCUGCAGAGACUCAGGUCUGAGAAGAGGAGAGACCUGAGUACUCGCAGGAGGAGUGCUCGCCUUCGGGCGAGACAGGGAGGUGAGUCACCGGGGGAUCAGGACCGGCCACUACCCCAACAAAGAUAAAAGGCUGUCGGACCCCGCCCCAGGUUGCGGGAGCAACAUUGCUGUUUGCCAGAACCUGCGUGACCUUGCCUGAUUUUCUGCCUUGUGUCCUGCCUUGGCCCUGCCAGACUGUCUCCUCGUGGAACCCUUGGAUUUGGGACUGGACCCGGACUGCAUUACCCGGGUUACCCCCGGGCCCAGCACACGCAGGAGGGGAGAUGGUUCUUGUGUGUGGGUGCUCUUUGCAGGUUUCCCAUUGGGGCAUCUGGUUGGCUGCCGUGAGAACAGGAUGCUGGAUUAGAUUGGCCUGAUCCAGCCGAGAACAACUUGGCUGGCUUUGGAAGAAUUAAUCCAAAAUACACUUUCUCUAGGGAGCAGUUGGAGCUCUAUCACACUCACAAAUGUUCCAGAAAGAUUCCUAUAUAAUGAGAAGUUCUAAAUAGAUGAAGAGAACAUGGACACAUUUUGUUAGACACCCGCAGUUCUAUUGACUGAUUGCAUUCGAAUCGUAGCAUUGUAGAGUUGGAAAGGGACCCCAAGAGUCAUCUAGUCCAGCUCCCUGCAAUACAGCAGCAUCUGAAUCUGAAGCAAGUGUCUCUGGAGCAGGGUUGGAGAGCUCAGAACUGGCCAGAAGCACGUUGACAUUAGCAAAUGCACAAUUUUAAAAUACAGAAUAAUAAUAAAAAUUAACUGGUUAGAAUCAAUCAAUUAAAAUAUUUUGGAGCACAUUUAGAACCAGCAUAAUUAAAGGCCUUUCUGGAUGGGAAAGUCUCUGCCUGUACAGUGGUACCUCGGGUUAAGAACGUCAUUUGUUCUGGAGGUCCGUUCUUAACCUGAACUGUUCUUAACCUGAGGCACCACUUUAGCUAAUGGGGCCUCCUGCUGCCACCGUGCCACCGGAGCACGAUUUCUGUUCUCAUCCUGAAGCAAAGUUCUUAACCCGAGGUAAUAUUUCUAGGUUAGCAGAGUCUAUAACCUGAAGCGUCUGUAACCUGAAGCGUCUGUAACCUGAAGCGUCUGUAACCCGAGGUACCACUGUAAAUGGAAAGAUAGCAAAGAGUGAUUCAAUGUAACCUUUCUCAGGAGGGAAUCCCAUGAUAUGGUUGCAGCCACAGAAGAGGCUCUCUUUCCUCUUUUCUCUUCCCUCUUCCCUCUUCCCUCUUCCCCUUUCCUCUCUCUCUCUCUCUCUCUCUCUCCCUCACCAACGGUGCCUCUCAUGCUGAGAGGACCAAGACAAGGUGCUCACCUGAGGAUCUUAGCACUCAGACAGAUUUGCAGAGGGAUAUACGAUCUUUCAGGCAGCAUGGAUAAUAACGAUAGUUAUUAGUAAUAAUGGAUGUAGAUAGGGUAUAUAGGAUAAAGGACAACUGAGAAAAUGGGGAAAGAGGUGGAGGGGACAGAGAAGCAGGGAAAGGGGUGGAAUUUUUCUCUCUGUGUGGCUUUCUUUUCUCUGGGAGGUUAAGUUGUAGAGAUGGGGGGGCAGUGAAAGCUCAAUCUUCUGGAUUUUCUACAGCUGGUGUGCCACCCCCUCCUCAGACCCAGUUGCCUUCCAGGUCUGCACAAAUAAUUUCUCUUAGUGUGUGUGUGCACGUGUAAGAUGCUUUUCCCUGGCUCUGCAGAGCCUUAAAAACAACUAAUGAAGCAAUUAUUCCAAUCAGUCUGGGAAAUUGCAACAAGGCUGCAGGGAUGAUGACUUAGUCAAUUUUGCCAGCAAAGAGGAGGAGGAGGAGGGGUGGGUGAGUGGGUGGGUUUAUUUAAAGUCUCCAAGGACUCAGAAGCCUGCAAGGCCAGGAGGGGUUGUGAACAGUCACGGUGCUGAUUUUCGGGUGGGGAUGGGGGUGGAGUUUAUCCAGGCCACUCAUAAUAAUAAUAAUAAUAAUUUUAUUUAUACCCCACCCUCCCUGACCAAAACCAGGCUCAAAUAUAUAACAUAUUAACAUAAAAUCAGGCAAUCAAGUAAAAUACAUCCUAAAAUCAGAUCAGAAUCAAAGUGAAAUCCAAUCAGAUGGCAACCCACAGAUUAGGGCUGGGGACCUUAAAUGCUCACUGGCCUAACUGUUUGUACUGGUCUUAUAUGAGCCUGUGAAAAAAGUUGGAGGGCCACUUUCAUACAAGUUCUUAUAAGAAGAGAGAGGACCCCGACCAAAGGCCUGGUGGAACAGCUCUGUCUUGCAGGCCCUGCGGAAAGAUGUCAGAUCCUCCAGGACCCUGGUCUCUUGUGGCAGAGCAUUCCACCAGGUCGGGGCCACGGCCAAAAAGGCCUUGGCUCUGGUCAAGGCCAGUCUAAUCUCCUUGAGGCCUGGGACCUCCAAGAUGCUGUUAUUUGCGGACUGUAAGGUCCUCCGUGGGGCAUACCAGGAGAAGCGGUCCCAUAGGUAUGGUGGUGGCUCGUGGUGGUUUGGACUGGUAGGGCAUAAUUGGCUGAGCCAGAGCCCAAUGAUAAGCAGAGAUAACUCAUUCUCAUUUUUUGUCCCCAUACUUCACCCUCCAAGUUCUACAAGAGGCAACAGGAGGAGGAAGCUGGUCACGCUAUUGGCAGCUGCAUAAUCUGCAGCAUGACGACAGUCUUACCUUUUUAUGUAUAUAGGCAGAUAUGUAUAUACAGUGAGACCAGUAGGAUGGAAGGCAGAGGGGCCAGCAGGAGGUGAAACCAGAGCCGGUGACAAGCAGAAUGGAUUCCUGCUUUCUCCUGGCUGAGUUCUAUGAGGGGCAACAUUGAGACUGAGGAGGAGGAGGAAGCUGACAGGCAGGGCCACCCCCAUCCCCCCAGGGGUGUCUGUAAGCCAAGAGUCUGAGGGUCAGGAAGCCGAAGCACAGCUAGGUGGGUAGCUUGUUGCUGUGGCAAAGAGCUAGAGGGAACUGCUGGUUUUAUAUACCCCUCCCGGCCCUUGCCACCAGGUGCUACAAGUCUUCUGUCAAGCCUCACCUGUGCGGCCACGCCUUGCCCUUCCAGGCCAAACUCAGGAAGGCCCCAAUCCUGCGAGGCCCUACCACUCACAGGGCCUGACUCCGGCACGCACUCCUGACAGUGGUUAUGCAAAUAAUGUGCUUUAUGUUGGUUGAAAUCUUACAUUGUGCCACCUCGUAAUGCUCUAUGCCUUUAUAGUCAUGCGAUGUUUAUGGAUAUUGAUUAUGUAUUUGCUUUGGUGUCAAACAUUUUUAUUUUAUUUCCUAUGCCUGUGUACGUAUGUGUGCAUAAACAUAUAGUGAUAGCUUUGCGGUCUUAAAUAAUAAAAAAAUGGCUGCCCCAGCUGUGUGCUAAGACAGUGUUCUUCAAGCUUGAGUCCCAGAUGUCAGUGGGCUACAAAACCCAGCAUCCUCAGCCAGCUUAGCCAGUGGUCAGGGAUGACAUGGGUUGUAGUCCGACAGCUUCUGGGGACCCAGAGGCACAGCCUUGGGCUGAAGACUGGGGGCCCAGCAGUGUGCCAUUUGUGUCUUUGACACCAUGCAUGCAACAGGUGUCUCCGGGAGGAGAACUUCCCCAGUGCUGUGCAGCUUAAGUGACCACAGCUCCUCCUCUCCAGGAGCAUGCCCUGGUGCUGUGCUUAGCUUGGCGGUUUGGCCUCCUCUGCCCUGUCAGUAUUGGGGGGGGGGGAGUUGAGCCCCCUGCUAAGGAAUAUUGAGGGGGCUGACAACACCUCUGCCCCCUAGAGUUGGCGCGCCUGCGGGGACCCAAAGUUGAAGGAGGCUGUGCUCUAAAUGUUCAGCACUCUCAACAUAGCUGGACUCCAACUCCCAUUGGUCCCAGCAGGGUCAGAGAUGAUGGGAGUGGUAGUCUGAAUGUCAGCAGAUUCAGGGCAGAUGAAAGAAAGGACUUCUUCAUGCUGCUGCUGCUUCGACGAUCCCUCAUAGCCGAGUAAGAUUGCCUUCCAUGAACAUGGUCUUAACAGUGAGUCCGUAAGUGACUGUGGAGGCCAAUUCUAGAUCCACACGUCCUUCCACAGUGGGGACAUGGGUUUCCAGGUGGGAGUUGAUCACGGUGAGGGCUUGCCAAGCAUGCCUUCCUCUCAGCACGUUUCUCCCUUUCGUCCUGAGUUUGCACGUCUUCAAAGCCCGUGACAUCUUUGCUAAAGGCUAUAGGGACAUGCUCUUGUGCUUGGAUCCUGCUGGCAGGCUUCUCAUAGGCAUGUAUUUAGCCACUGGGAAAACAGAAUGCUGGACUAGAUGGGUCUUUGGGCUGAUCCAGCAGAGCUCUUCUAAUUUAUUUGUGUUCUUAAGCAUUCCUAAUAAUUUUAAGAGGAGCCUUGCUAGAUCAGAGAGGAUGUGAUGGCCUGGGAAUCCGAUUCAGAGGCUGAACCGGAGGAAUCCCAGCCUGCACAGGAGUCCCCGCCUCCAGGGCCGGCUGAACUGGGGCAGGGCCUUGAUUCUGAAGCGCCUGCACUUGUGCCGGAUCCUCAGGAGCAGGCACCAGGUGAAUCCACUCUGGCUCCGGAGGUGGUUGAGGACUCAGUGCCUACAGGUGAGUCUCCCCCUGGGUCCAGUAACCCUUCAGCCUCUCCUGAACUGCAGAGGCUCAGGGCAGAGAGGCGAAGGGAACUGGUUUCUCCCAGGAGGAGUGCUCGCCUUAAGGCCAGGAGAGGCAGGUCUCCUGGGGGCCGGGACCGCCCCUGGCCUCAGAGAAGAUAAAGGCCAGUCAGUCCGGUCCCAGCUUGCGGGAGCAACGUCGUUGAUGAGCUGUUUCGGCCAGCAUCCAGUCCUGUUCCCCCAGAGUUCCUGUCCUUGCCCGGCUUCUCGCUGUGGACCCUGCUUUGCCCGAGGAGGACUGUCUGGCGACCCUCAACUCAGGUCCUGGACCUCGCCUCAUGGUAACCUCCCCCCUGGACCAGCACAGUGGAAAACACUGUGCAGGAUAAAGCGAUCAAUGGCUCCUAGCUGAAAUCACCAUAUCUGCCUCCAUGUUCAGAGGCAACUAGGUUCAUGAAUUCCAGUUGCUGGAAAGGAGCAGUGAGUGCUCUUGAAUUCUGCCUGCGAGUUUCCUAGAAAAUGGACCCUCAAGGUACCUUCCAACACUACAGUUCUGAUUCCAAGAUUUGAUGAAUCCAAUGAAGGGCUCCAAGGAGAAAAUUGGAGCGUUCUAUUGUGUUUUAGUUUUGCUAAGCCUGCCUCUUGGAAGUGCUCAGUCUAGUGCCCUUGAGCAGGAUCUGGCGGAAGCUUUUCCUUUUUUGAGUCUCAUCCAAACUGGAGGCUCCCCCCCCCCUCCUCCCCCAACGCCUACAUGCACAGGCACCUCUGCCGAGGGGGUAAAAAAAGAGGUGAAACUCCAAAUUGCUUCUUGGCUGUGUUUCGAAAUUGCUUGUGACUUUCAGGGUCAAGCUACAAAGCAGGCUUCUCCGGCACGGAAAUUGUCGGGGGUGGGAGCAGAUAAAGGAUUUUGCUCGGGGGAAAGGAAGGCUCUCGGAGGGUGGAAGAAGUUCUUCCAUUUUCAAGCUUGGAGGGACGGAGGCUGCAGGACUCGGGAUAUGUGGUAAUAGGCUUGCAGAGCUGGAUUUCUGCAAAGGCAGGUGCAUGGGGGAAGAGCACAAGGUGGCACAGUGGUUAGAGUGCUGUCUCUCGGUCUGGUCUACAAAUGCAGGAGAAUACAGUGGACAAUCGGGUUGCGAACGUGAUCCAUGCGGGAGGCACGUUCGCAACCCACAGCGCUGCAUCUGUGCACACGCGGGUUGCGAUUUGGCGCUUCUGUGCAUGAGUAAAGCGCCAUUUAGCACAUCUGUGUAUGUGUGAGUGCCGAAACCCGGCCAGAGGCCAACCAGAGAAUAUUGAGAAGCCAAGCAGCUAGUAAGCUUGAUUUUUAUUAAAGUGUCGCAACAGGGUCCCCCACAAAGAGAGGAACCCAGAACAAUGGUGUGCAAGCUCUUAUAUAGACUUUUGAAACUGUCCACCCUGUAGCCAGAGACCCCCCCAAACAAACACCGUUUACCUUCCCGCUGGAGUGGUACCUAUUUAUCUACUUGCACUUUGAUGUGCUUUCGAACUGCUAGGUUGGCAGGAGCAAGGACUGAGCAAUGGGAGCUCACUCCGUUGCGGGGAUUUGAACCGCCAACCUUCUGAUCGGCAAGUCCUAGGCUCUGUGGUUUAACCCACAGCGCCACCCGCAUCCCACAUAAAGGAAAUGGGAAGCAGCCCCCCCCCCCCUUAUAAUAAUGGUAUCUGCUUAUUGCUACAAUUUUAUGGACGGAUUUUCUGAGCCUCUUUGCUAUUGUGUAUGUAUGGUGCCUGUGUCAACGAUCAUUGUCCUGGCCUUAGUUAGAGGCUGUGGUGGGAACUUUUUGGGGGGUGUCGUUAAACUGCCCCCCCCCCAUUCCUGGUUUUAACAGGCGAGACCCAUCCCUUGCCGCCUGUCAAGAGCAUUGCUCUCCACCCCGUGACAAGCCAUGGCGGGGCAGCUGGUGAAGGAAGGAGAAAGCUGUGGUUUUUGUCUGUGUGUGUUUGUUCCAGCAUGGAGAAUAAAUAACAAGGUUAUAAAUACCGAAGGGGAGUGUGGGGAGGGGAUGAGGAGAGAAAGAUCUUCUCUCAGCCUUAAUGAGAGGGAGAAAGGAGGCUUGAUAUAUUUCAUCCUGCAGCGUAAAAAAUAAAUUAAAAAAAUCUCUUCCAUGCCAGACAGUCUGGACAAGGCCACUAAACUAGAUGCCUCGAUGGGAUAGUGAUCCAAGCCAUGAAGCAGAGGGGAGAAAGGAUUCACUUCGGUGCCUGUAGGGAUGGUUGAAUGAAUGAUUGAGGGCUCCCUCUGCAAAGGGCUCAGAAAAGGAGUCAAAUAAAAAAAGGGACAGAGAACAGAAGAGUCAAGGCUGCUGUCUCGAUCUGGCAGCUUGCCUCUUUGUGGUGCUGAGACAGUUUGUAGAGGAGCAUAGCGAGGGUACCUUUUUAAAAUUAAAUUGAAUUAAAUUAAAUUAUUUAUUUAAUUUAGGUAUAUACAACCCUUAUAAUAAUUAGGUAUAUACAACCCUUCAUCCAAGGAUCACAGUGGUUUACAGUAAGUGGUGGAAAUGUAAAGAAAAAGAAGGUUCUUUUUAUCAUAACUGGUGGUCUUGUAGUAAGGUUGACGCUUACUGGGAAAUGAUAUAUACAGUGGUACCUCGGGUUACAGAUGCUUCAGUUACAGACUCCGCUAACCCAGAAAUAGUGCGUCAGGUUAAGCACUUUGCUUCAAGAUGAGAACAGAAAUCGUGCUCCAGCGGCGUGGAAGCAGCAGGAGGCCCCAUUAGCUAAAGUGGUUCUUCAGGUUAAGAACAGUUUCAGGUUAAGAACAGACCUCCGGAACGAAUUAAGUACAUAACCAGAGGUACCACUGUAUAAUGAAUUGAAAAGGAUGUUUAAAAUAAUGUUUGUAAAAAAACAAAAAACCAGAAGCUUUCCUUUUGGGAAUUAUAGGGACAGAACUGCCCCAACUGUACAGAAAUUGAUUCAUGUACAGUCAUACCUCGGGUUACGAACGCUGCGGGUUGCGCCUUUUUGGGUUGCGGACCGUGCUGAACCUGGAAGUACCAGAAUGGGUUACUUCUGGGUUUUGGUGCCUGCGCAUGCGCAGAAGCACAAAAUGACAUCAUGUGCAUGCACAGACGCAGCGCUUCAGGCUGCGAAUGCUGCGGGUUGCAAAUGUGCCUCCCACAUGGAUCAGUUUCGCAACCUGACUAUAGCGGCAAGAAUGUUACAUGCCCCCAAAUGUGAAGAAUCAGAAGUCCCAGCAAAAGAAGAAUGGAUACAAAAACUUGUGGAACUGCAGUUUUAUAAGAGUAUAUAUUUAAAGUAGUUAAAUAAAUGAGUAAGUUAAGUUGGAUAUGCAGAAAAUAUUAAAAAUUUACAGAACCGCAGAAAGAGGGGGAAGUCAAAUUUUGAAAUGUUAAAAUGACUGUAAAAUUAUUGAAGUGUGUAAAACUGAAAAUCAUAAAUAAAAUAAAAAAUACAGUAUAGCAUACCACCCAACAUUUCUCCAAUGAAAAUAUUAUCAUUAAUAAUAUUUAUAAUAAUAUAAUAUUAUUAUAUUAAUACUACUACUACUGCUAAUAAUAAUAAUAAUAAUAAUAAUAAUACCCUGGCCAUCUGACUGGGUCGCCCCAGCCACAUUGGGUGGCUUCUAACAUAUAUAAAACAUAAAAAACAUAAAAAAAUCUUCCCUAUACAGGGCUGCCUUCAGAUGUCUUCUAAGGGUUGUAUAGUUCCUUUUCUCCUUGGCUCGGGGGGUCACAUAACUCCAUUCAUGCCAACAUUUCUCCAAUGAAAAUACAGUGGUACCUCGGGUUACAUACGCUUCAAGUUAUAUACGCUUCAGGUUACAGACUCUGCUAACCCAGAAAUAGUGCUUCAGGUUAAGAACUUUGCUUCAGGAUGAGAACAGAAAUUGUGCUCCGACGGCGCGGCAGCAGCAGGAGGCCCCAUUAGCUAAAGUGGUGCUUCAGGUUAAGAACAGUUUCAGGUUAAGAACGGACCUCCGGAACGAAUUAAGUACUUAACCUGAGGUACCACUGUAGGGAUGUCCUAAGGAAAAGCGGGGCAUUCCGGGAUCAAAUCAGAAACCAGGAGGGCUUCUGUAAAUUCGGGACUGUUCCUGGAAAAUAGGGACACUUGGAGGUUCUGACAUAUGAGAAUUACCUUUGAGGAUCAGUUUUUUUAUUUUGGAGAUCUGGGGCCCAAAGUUGUUGAUGGAACCCCAACUCCCAUCAGCACAAGCCAGCAUUACCAAGAGUCCUCCUCCUCCUCCUCCUCUUCUUCUUCUUCUUCUUCUUCUUCUUCUUCUUCAGCGAUCAUGUAACUGAUGAUGGCAGUUGCAGUCUUUGAUAUUCGUUCCGUUUGUUUCAGGGACGGGAAACCUCUGCCCCUCCAGAUAUUGCUUGACCCCCCAGCUGCCUUGACCCCCAGCCAGCAUGGGCAAUAGUAAAAGAAAAUGUUCGAUAUGGUCCAGCAACUUUCAGAAAGGCUCCUAGGUUUUUGUUUAUUUGUUGCUGUUGUUUCAAAUUGGUCUACCACCCACAUCGAAUUGGAACUUCAAGGUGGUUUACACAAAUGGAAAAAGAACUGUUUGACAAUGAUACAGAAAUAUACGCCCGAAAGCAGCGGAUAAAAGCAUGAUUGCAGAUUUAGAAUCAUAUCACAUUUGGCCGUGGGAGAUGCGCCAACUGCAAUUUGAAGACUCAAUUAAGAAGACAAUUUUGGACACUUUUGCAGAGUUAUUUAUGUAUAAUGCACAGCUUUUGACAUGACACGCUCUCCUCUUCUUGUGCUAUUUCUAUAGCUGAGUAAUAUUUUUUACUGGUGAUGAGGUUAUUAAGGCUAUAAUCUAGUAUAUAUUGCCAUUGCCCUCAGUAGGGUUUUUAUUGGGUUCUACCGAAGGGUCAUGGGUGGCGCUGUGGGUUAAACCAGAACCUAGGACUUGCCGAUCAGAAGGUUGGUGGUUCGAAUCCCCGCGACAGGGUGAGCUCCCGUUGCUCGGUCCCUGCUCCUGCCAACCUAGCAGUUCGAAAGCAAGUCAAAGUGCAAGUAGAUAAAUAGGUACCACUCUGGCGGGAAGGUAAACGACAUUUCUGUGCACUGCUCUGGUUCGCCAGAAGCGGCUUAGUCAUGCUGGCCACAUGACCCGGAUGCUGUACGCUGGUUCCCUCAGCCAAUAAAGUGGGAUGAGCGCCGCAACCCCAGAGUCCGCCACGACUGGACCUAAUGGUCAGGGGUCCCUUUACCUUUACUGAGGAUACCGUACCUGAGAGACAUCAAAGAUUUGGAGUUCUAGUCCUGGGAUUGAUGGGAGUUGUAGUCCACAACAUCUGGAGGGCUGCUGUUUCUGCAUCCCUGAAUUAAAACAUGGUUUGUCCACCAGACUAUGAAACAAACCAUGGCUUAUUUCUCCAAAGUUUGCUUUGUUUUCCAACUGUUCUUGCCUCAUUCCUUAUUAGUUUGGUGUCUGAGGUGCAAUGGUCAAGCACACCACAGUUAAGAAUGGGUAUUAGGUUCUCACGAGUCAUGAUUAAAGUAACCCAAGGCUCAUAAACCAGAAACAAACCAUAGUUUCAGAUUGUGGUUUGUCAGCAGGAAACAACCCUUGCUUAAGCUGCUGGGCAAUGUUCACACAUAAUGCUAAGCUACAUUUGAAUGCAGCACGGUUUAAUAAGCUAUGGUCUUGCAUUAGAAUAAUAGAAUUGCAUAGUUGGAAAGGACCCUGAGAGUCACCUAGUCAAGGAGAACUACUUGAAAAUGAUUUACAGAUGGUAUUUAACUCCUAGUAGGCUUGCUGAGAUGUAUAAGACUGAAUCAGAUAAGUGCUGGAAAUUGGAAGAGCUGAAGGGAACAUUCUUUGAUAUGUGGUAGACCUGAAGAUGGGUAAAAGAAUAUUGGGAAAUACAGUGGUACCUCGGGUUACAAACGCUUCAGAUCACAAAUGCUUCAGGUUACAGACUCUGCUAACCCGGAAGUAGUACCUUGGGUUAAGAACUUUACCUCAGGAUGAGAACAGAAAUCGUGCGGCGGCGGCAUGAGGCCCCACUAGCUAAAGUGGUACCUCAGGUUAAGAACAGUUUCAGGUUAAGAACGGACCUCCGCAACGAAUUAAGUUCUUAACCAGAGGUACCACAGUAAUCCAUAAUGAAUUGAAAAAAAUGUUUAAAAGUACAGUGGUACCUCGGUUUACGAAUUUAAUACGUUCCGGAAGUCCAUUAUUAAACCAAAGCAGUUCUUAAACAGAGGUGCGCUUUCCGUAAUGAGGCCUCCCGUCGCCUGUGCCCUUCCACCGUUUGGUUUCCGUUUGUAGACCAAGGUAAAGUUCGCAAACCAGGGCACUACUUCUGGUUUUGUGGAGUUCAUAAACUGAAUAGUUAGUAAGCAGGGCUGUUCUUAAACUGAGGUACCACUGUACUUCCCCCCCCCAAAACCCUGAGCCCUUUCUGUGGGGGAUAAUUGGAAAUUCCCAGGUGUCAAAAAAGUUUUUUUAUGUAUUCCACUACGGUGGCCUGUGUUUUGUUAGCCCCAAAAUGGAAAAUGAGCAACUUAAACUGAUGGAAUAUGCGCAGCUUGUGAACCUAGCAUAUAGAAUAAGAGAAGGGGAGAACAUACGUUUAAAGAAGAUUGGAAAACAUUUAUUGAAUAUUUUUUUGGGGGGGGGAAUUGUGUACACUUGAAAACAUUGGCAGCAUUAAGAUAAAUUCAACAGUGUAAACAAGUUUUGAUGGCUGUAAUAUUGAAAUACUGAAUGGUUUAGUUUAUGUAAAAUAUGCAGAGAUUUAUGAUAUGUAAAAUGAAACAUGGAAAGAGAAGAAGGGAAGUCAUUGAUAUUUUAAAAUUGCUUAAAUGAGUAUUUUAAAUUGUAAAACAGAAAAUUUAAAUGUGUGUGUGUGUUUGUAAAAAGAUUAUCUAGUUCAACGCCCUGCAUUGCAGGAAUAUGCAGCUGUCCCACUCAACCUUGGAGUUAUCAGUCCCUCGCUCUAACCAACUCAGCUAUCCAGUUAUGUGUGUUCUAAACAGAGGGAGGGGGGUUUGACCUUUUCGAAUUUUAUAUGGUAAUAUUCAGUUAUGCCACCGGAAGAACAGUUGCACUAUGGUCCAAGGUCCUAUUUUAUUGCAGGGAAUCAAAUCCAUAGAUUCUAAAGUGUUCUAUAGCCAUGCCUGUACUCCUUAACAUCAUUUCUGUUGUAAGGGCUACACAAGCAGGACAGUGAUAAGGAAGAGCACACAUUUUAUUCACACAUUCUAUGAGCAAGGAUGUGGGCUCAAGGCUGAGAGAAAUGGUUAUGCAAAACACUAGGAUGUGCCCAGACUUGUUCCGAACAGGAAAAACAAUUAGUGCCUCUAGCAAUGUCACACCUGUGGGGAAGGAAGCAGACGGAAAACUAUUAGCGCGGGUGGCGCUGUGGGUUAAACCACAGAGCCUAGGGCUUGCUGAUCAAAUAGGUAUCGCUCCAGCGGGAAGGUAAACGGCGUUUCCGUGCGCUGCUCUGGUUCGCCAGAAGCGGCUUAGUCCUGCUGGCCACAUAACCCGGAAGCUGUACGCCGGCUCCCUCGGCCAAUAAAGCGAGGUGAGCGCCGCAACCCCAGAGUCGUCCGUGACUGGACCUAAUGGUCAGGGGUCCCUUUACCUUUUAAUCCCAUCCAAAAAGCAAUGCCAACCUCUUAAGCUCACACCCUUUUCUCUUUCCUGUUGGCCUCCAGGUGUCAAGGAUGGACACUGAGGAUGACCCGUUGUUGCAAGAUGCUUGGGUGAAUGAGGAAGAGGAGGUAACCACCGGCCCCCGCAAGAGAAUGGAAGGGCUCCAGCUCUGUGGGAAGUGCCAGUGGAAUCCCAGGCCACGGACUCCGGCCACAGCUGUGCCUACCUCUAGUUUUUGGAAUGCUGUGGGUUGGAUCUUCACCAACCCCUACUCGGCCAGCCUCAUCCUCUUCUUGGGCUGUGCCAUCCCAACCACCCUAGCCAUUGUCAUGUUCCUGCAUUACCCAGCUCUGGACAUCGACAUCUCGUACAAUGCCUUCGAGAUCCGCAACCAUGAGUCCUCGCAGCGCUUUGACGCCCUGGCCUCUGCCCUCAAGUCCCAGUUCGGCUCCUGGGGCCGCAACCGCCGGGACCUGACGGACUUCAACUCGGAGACUUUGCAGAAGCUGAUCUUUGAGCAGCUGCAGCACCUUCACCGCAAUGCCUCGCGGCCGGCUGGCACUGCCAGGCGGAAGCGCAGAAGCCUAAACCAAGAGAGGACUAGCCCCUCACUCCAGAGUCAAACCGGUUUGGCCAAUCAAACCUCCCGCCAGCCACGGAGCGCCCUGUCCCACUGGGAAUACUCCAAUGCAGUUGUGAGCACCAACACACAAACCCAUGCACACUGGCGCAUCGAGCUCAUUUUCCUGGCCCGUGGAGACGCUGAGAACAACAUCUUCACCUCUGAGCGCCUGGUCACCAUCCAUGAGAUUGAGCGCAAAAUCAUGGACCACCCUCACUUCCGGGACUUUUGCUGGAAGCCCCAUGAGGUCCUCAAAGAUCUCCCACUGGGUUCCUACUCCUACUGUUCCCCUCCUAGUUCUCUCAUGACUUACUUCUUCCCCACAGAGAGGGGUGGGAAGAUCUACUACGAUGGCCUAGGGCAGGAUCUGGCUGACAUUCAAGGUGAGAAUUGUUGGGUCAGGGCACUGGCCCAACCAUUGGGCAGACAAAAUGCUUUGCUUUGAGAUAUCCAGCCAGUUGUUGGUGCUCUUGGGAUCUCAUAUGGCCUUGCAAAUAAGUUCAUAAAAGCUUGCCAGGCUAUCAGUUCCUGCUGUGUUUAUGCCCUCAUUAAAAUCUUUCCUGGUUUCCUGGUGAGGAAAAUGUGGUACUCCAAGUGACUGUGUUAUGCCACUAGGUGUCACUAUAAUGCACUUGGCACAGCUAGCAUAUCUCUCUUGCUCCCUGCAGACACAAGGGUUGGAUUUUUGCCCUACAGCAGGGGGUGGGGGAACAUCUGUGGCCCUCCAGAUGUUGUUGGACUCUAUCAGCACCAGCCUCAAUGAGGGAGCCUGUUGUGGGGGCGCCUGGUUGUGCCCCCUCAGAAAUGUGUGCCUGGCACCAUAAGCCCCCUGGAAGCUACCCUAGACCAAACUAGAGCAUUGGUUCAGUAUUAUCUACACUGACUGGCAGUGGCUCUGGGGGCAGGUUCUCUUUUCCAACCCUACCUGGAGUUGCCGGAGACCUUUUGUAAUGGUUGGUUCUCUCCCACAGAAGCAAAACAACUCCGGCAGUAAUCAACUCAGGUUUAUUGCUCAAAACACACAAAUCACUCUGAAGCUCAGUCACUCAGCAUCUGCUUCCAAAUUAGCUGUUGCCGAGUCUGAGUUACGCUCCUUCCUCUUCCCACAUUUAAAGCCCCACUUUCGCUUCCUUUCCUGUUCACGCCUCUCAUUAAUUAUUGCGCGCCUACGCGUCAUGGGAUGGGCUAUUUCCAGUGGCCCUCCCUCUGAGUCCGAGCUUAAACUGUCAGUCUGCGUCUUCCCCCUUGAACUCCCCCCUUCCUUCUCCAUGUUCUCAGAGCUCAGGCUUCUACUGCAAUGCGCUCCAUGUGGGGCUACCUUUGAAGGUGACCCGGAAACUACAGCUAAUCUAGAAAGUGGCAGCUAGACUGGGGACUGGGAGCGGCCACUGAGACCACAUAACACUGGUCUUGAAAGACCUACACUGGCUCCCAGUACGUUUCUGAGCACAAUUCAAAAUGUUGGUGCUGUCCUUUAAAGCCCUAAACGGCCUUGGUCCAGUAUACCUAAAGGAGUGUCUCCACCCGCAUCGUUCUGCCCGGACACUGAGGUCCAGUGCCGAGGGCCUUCUGGCGGUUCCCUCGCUGCGAGAAGCAAAGCUACAGGGAACCAGGCAGAGGGCCUUCUUGGUAGUGCCGCCCGCCCUGUGGAAUGCCCUCCCACCAGAUUUCAAAGAGAAAAACAACUACCAGACUUUCAGAAGGCAUCUGAAAGAAGCCCUGUUUAGGGAAGCUUUUAAUGUUUAAUAGACUAUUGUAUUUUAAUAUUCUGUUGGAAGCCGCCCAGAGUGGCUGGGGAAACCCAGCCAGAUGGGCGGGGUAUAAAUAAUAAAUUAUUAUAAUAUUAUUAUUAUUAACUAGGCUGCUCCUCCCUCGUUCCACAUUCCUGCCUAAUUACCUCCUCCUGUCUCUCUAUGCUCUCCCCCUCUGUCAGCAAUGGGACGCAGCUGACACUUUCUGUUCUACCCCUGAGCCAGGGUCUCAUACAGAGGCCUCCUCCAUCACUUGCCACUUGGUCCUUUUAACUGGAGAUGGCAGGGGUUGAAUCCAGGACCCUCCAGCAUGCAAAGCUGGUGCUCUAAUACUGAGCCACAGUCUCCCUCUGAAAACCUCUGAUCUCUCUCUACGUGCCCCAAGGUUCGCUGGAGCUUGCAAUGACCCACCCAGAGUUCUACUGGUAUGUGGAUGAGGGUCUGUCAGUGGAGAACCGGAAGAGCUCCCUCUUGCGCAGUGAGAUCCUCUUUGGCGCUCCGCUGCCAAGCUACUACUCAGUGGAGGACCGGUGGGAAGAGCAACGGAGCAAGUUCCAGAGCUUCGUGGUCACCUACGUGGCUUUGCUGGCCAAACAAUCCACCAGGUAAGCAAGGAAGGUAUUUCGGUUGCGAGUGCAAAGCACUUCCAAGCUUCCCCCAACCCACUCUGCUUUUUUGCUGGAAGGAACCAUAAUAUCUGAAAGAGCCUCUACACCCCCAUCAUUCAGCCUGGACACUGAGGUCCAGCCCUGGGGGGCCUUCUGGCAGGUCCCUCACUGCAAGUGAGGUUACAGGGAAUCAGGCAGAGGGCCUUCUCAGUAGUGGCGCCUGCCCUGUGGAACGCCCUCCCACCAGAUGUCAAGGAAAUAAACAACUACCUGACUUUUAGAAGACAUCUGAAGGCAGCCCUGUUUAAGGAAGUUUUUAAUGUUUGAUGUUUCAUCGUGUUUUUAAUAUUCUGUUGGGAGCCACCCAGAGUGGCUGGGGAAAUCCAGCCAGAUGGGCAGGGUAUAAAUAAUAAAUUAUGAUGAUGAUGUUGCUGCAGCCCUUUGUCUGGUAGAGGAGGGUCCAUUAAGUCCUCCAAGUUCCAAAAAGUGAAGUGUCUAGUCCUCAUGGAGACAUACAGACUCCAAAUUUAAGGACACAGAGCCUCUCUUGUGGGUGCUCUUGAGAUGAGGCUGUUUUGACUUUCUGAGACUAGCAGGCAGUGUUAGCCGCUCCAUUAGGGAGGGUGCCAGCCACCGCUGCAUUUGAAGUCCCUUUUUCCUUUGUCUGGACAGGGUAGGCCACUCGUCUCGCCCACCUCCUGCCCCAUCAGGAUGGGCCUUGCCUUUUGGCAGCUGCUGGAGGGCAGGCAGCAUGACCCUAGACUGGCCCGCUGGCCUUGGUGGGCAAGGAGAUUUGAUUUCCAGCAGCUGGUAUUCAGAAGCAUUGUUACUGGCAGGGCCUGGCAAGACACAGACGAGUGUGCAUUGGGGUAAGGGGGUGGGGGCUGGAGUCUGACUUGGGAGAGGUGGGGCAGUGAUUUGGGGGGGGGGGGACCUGUACCAGCCAGGAGACGAGAAUUGGAGACAGGGAGUGGAGGAUGGAGUGCAGGAAGGGUCGGAAGAAGAGGAGGAAGAGGCAGGGCUAGGAAAUGAAUGGUCAGGGAUUCCCCCAGCCUCUCCUGCACCACUGUCUCCCAGCUUCCACAGGGGCGCAGCCUCCACCUGGGUCCAUGCAACCUGUUGGGAGAGGUAUAUAAACAGGGGGAGGUGGAGCAGCCCCCAAUUGCUGCAACUGCUGCAUAGAGUUCAGACCUGGGAAUAGCUGUUUUGUGCAUGGUUAUUUGGAGCCGUAGAACUCCAAAGUGUCUGCUUUUGACAAUGAACAGCUAACUGUUAUGGGCAUUACUUUGGCUGGGGAGUGCCUUUGACAGUUGCCUCUGACUAGGGAGGAAGAGCAAUGUCACCAUGGGUAGCAGCCACGGAGAGCCUCCUGCUUUGUGAUGGCCAGGGAGGGCAGUGGGAAUGAGAGGCAGAUAACCUCAAACCUACUGGCUCAGUGUGGCCCUCCAGAGUUCUCUGUCCGGCCCACAGGACUCUCCCCAGCCACACCUCUCACUGACCCUGUUUUGGCCCUUCCUUGAGGGUUUUUGGGUGGCUGGGAUGCACUCUUGAACUCUGCUAAUGCUUCUUCCUUGCACGAAUGGAGGAUCGAGAGGGAUGGAGGAAAGAGGAUUGAGGCUGGGCACAGUGCUUGAGGCAGAUCUGGCAAGGGAACAGGCGAGGGAACAGGCUCUUUUCUCUCUCCUGCUCUCCUGCGGUUCAGACUUUAUCAGCUCUCUCAUUUUAAUUAUCUGGGAUUAGCUUUGCUUGAAGACUCUUUUUGCAGGCGAGCUGGGCAAUCGGGGUGUGUGUGUAUCACAGCUCUCCACGUCGGCCACUCCAUCUCCUGAAUCCUCUCACUUAUUUUCCUCCCCCGUGCGGUUUAAUAUAAUGAAAAUACCGAUUAGGAUUCCAGGUGGGAUCCAUGGCUUUGGGAGUCAGCAAGCUAAGCUUCAGAGGGAAGUGGGGGAAAGAAGCAAUAAGACUCUUCUCUUGCUCUCAGCAAUCGCUCUCUUGAGAGUGUAAUCCUGCUGCUCUCAGCUGGGAAAGGAUGCUCUCUGCAAUGGGAGGAAGGCAGAGAGGGCCGGCAGGGAGCAGAGAUAGAGCCAUCGACAGGACUCCUUGCUGGGUUAUCCAAGGGCAACACUGAGACAGAGGAGGGAGAGGAAGACGAGGAAGGCAACCAUGCUGGGCUGGGUGUAAGUAGGAAGACCAGCAGCUGGGGGCCGGCUGAGAUCCAACUGAGGUUGCUGGGGCAGUUUUUAAUAAAUAAAUAGACUAUAUUGGUGGGUUGGCUGAAGGCAGACAUGAGACGGAUAAGGCAGUGCUGCAUUUGCCACAAGGCAGCCUCCCACAGGUUUUCUCUAGCUGAGAUCUUCCUCUGACCCACCAGUCAAGAGUUGAGUCAGGGUUAGCUGCGGGACAAAAUGGGCGACGAAAGCAAUGUGGCCCCUAUUUUUAGCACUUGUAGGCUGACUAGAGGGACGCGGGUGGCACUGUGGGUUAAACCACAGAGCCUAGGACUUGCUGAUCAGAAGGUCGGCGGUUCGAAUCCCCACGACGGGGUGAGCUCCCAUUGCUCGGUCCCUGCUCCUGCCAACCUAGCAGUUCAAAAGCACGUCAAAGUGCAAGUAGAUAAAUAGGUACCGCCCCAGCGGGAAGGUAAACGGCGUUUCCGUGCGCUGCUCUGGUUCGCCAGAAGUGGCUUAGUCAUGCUGUAUGCCGGUUCCCUCGGCCAGUAAAGCGAGAUGAGUGCCGCAACCCCAGAGUCGGUCAUGACUGGACCUAAUGGUCAGGGGUCUCUUUACCUCUUUAAUACUUUUGUUCCUGACUCCAGGUCACAGGCUCACCCUAUUCAUACACAAAUGUGCCCUUGAGACAGGAUUUGCAAGCAAAAAGGCAAUGGGAAGGCUUUCCCCAUUUGCCUCCCUUACUGCAGAGGAAUAUCUGAGGUCAUUGGGAGAGUCAAAAUGGCUUCAGGAUUGCUCUCCCAUACUAUUACAGACACGCGGUUCAUAUAUUUAGAUAUGUCUGCCUUUAUGAAUAUUUAUUCUGUAUUCGGAACCUUAAAUUCUUAUAAGAGUAUUCAAAAGUGAAGAUGGUAAUCAUAACUCUCCCCCCCCCCCGUUUCUUCCUAGCAAAGUCCAGGUGCUGUAUGGUGGGACGGAUUUGUUUGACUACGAAGUGAGGAAGACGUUCAACAAUGACAUGUUGCUGGCUUUCAUCAGCAGCAGCUGCAUUGCAGUGUUGGUCUACAUCCUGGCUUCCUGCUCAGGUAAGCUAUGUCGGGAGCCACUUCUGGCGAACCAGAGCAGUGCACGGAAAUGCCGUUUACCUUCCUGCCAGAGUAAUACCUAUUUAUCUACUUGCACUUUGACACACUUUCGAACUGCUAGGUUGGCAGGAGCAGGGACCGAGCAACGGGAACUCACCCCAUUGCAGGGAUUUAAUGCGCUGACCUUCUGAUCAGCAAGUCCCAGGCCCUGUGGUUUAAUCCACAGUGCCGUGACACAUUCUAAAACCCAGAGAGAACCUCAGCAAUUGUAUAGUCAAUCUAUCCGGAAGAUAAAUUGUAUAUCAAAGAGUUAGUGAUCUGACACUGGUUGCCCUUCCUGCCCCUGUUCCUUCCCCCUCUCCUUGUCUCUUAAGUUCUUUGAUGGCGUGAGAACAGCCUACAAUGUCCUAAUCAGUUAGGAGGAAGAGAUAGUGAUGAGUACCUUCUUUGAUGUUGGACACUGUUUUGAGAAAGUGAGGCAUUGGGAAUACUACUUGCAAUAAUCUGCAAGUAGCCAGUAAUGAAUGAUCUGCGCGUAGCCAGUCAGGCAAGCCACAGGCUAGCUAUCUAGCUAUCUAUAAUGGUUUGGGCACAGUUUCUGAGAAGCUUGUGCACGGACUGAUUGGCUGCGGGACCAUGCAAACUAAAGGCUACCUGGGGGAGUUACUUUGCCACUUUUUGAGGGCUCCCAAGUGCUUGCUUGGUAUGUAUAUAUUGCUUGCUCUUUAGAAUAAAAUCUUUAAUCUCACUCACUUGUGUUUUGCGUUGCUGCUGAAUCUAAUUUCAAAGGAACCACCUUGCAUUUGGCAAGGCAGCAAUCAGGAGACCAUCUCCUAAUAUUAGCUUCUGUGGAUGAAGCUGGCAAUUUCUGGACUGUUAACCAGCAACUGGGGAGACAGAGGAACGCUUGGCCAGCAGCUGUAACAAUAUAGUUCCCCAUCACCUCAGACACAAGGCUUUCCAUCUGUGUGUUCACAAAACCAACUGUGACACUUGUGGGCAUGCAUGUGUGAAUCCGCUUUUGGGGCGUUCUCUGUGCAAAGUGGUUUGCUUGAUCUUUCGCUCUCUCUUCCGCCUCUUCCAGUGUUCCUCUCAUUCUUUGGGAUCGCUAGCAUCGGGCUCAGUUGCCUUGUGGCGCUUUUCCUGUACCACGUCGUCUUUGGGAUCCAGUACCUAGGAAUCCUGAAUGGUGUGGCUGCUUUUGUGAUUGUGGGGAUUGGUAAGUGGCCUAAACCUACCCAGAUGUCAAAAACCAGGCUGUGGCUCAAUAGCAGAGCAUUCCCAUUGCAUGGAGAAGGUCCUGGGUUCAAUCCUCAGGAUCUCCAGGGAUCCCCUUGCCUGAAACCCUAGAGAGCUGCUGCCAUGGGUAGGCAAACUAAGGCCUGGGGGCCAGAUCUGGCCCAAUCGCCUUCUAAAUCUGGCCCACAGACAGUCCGGGAAUCAGCAUGUUUUUGCAUGAGUAGAAUGUGUCCUUUUAUUUAAAAUGCAUCUCUGGGUUAUUUGUGGGGCCUGCCUGGUGCUUAAAGUUUGCUGACCCCUGGUGUAGACCAUACUGAGUUAGAUGGACCAAUUGGCCUGACUCAGAAUAAGGCAGCUUCAUAUGUCCCAGUGUCUUAAGAGGAUGGCUGUAGGUCACCGGCAGAGCACCUGCUUUGCAUGCAGAAGGUCCCAUGUUCAAUCCCCAGCAUCCUCAGGUAGGGUUGGGAAAGACCCCUGCCAGAAGAGCUGCUGCCAGCCAGUGUGGACAGUACUGAACUAGAUGGACCCAAGGGUCUAACUUGGCAUCAGGUCACUCAACGCAGGCACAGCUUUAACCAUCAAUACACAGAAAACUUUAUCUUGGAACAGACCUGGGCAACAGCUCACUUGGCGAUAGACAUUCAUAGUGGGGUAGGUUUUAAUCUUGUGGAGCCUGACAUCAGCUGAAGACCAUGCUGGUUGAUUCCUAGCAGGUUCUGAUUGAUCCCUUCUUCUCUGUGUGAUCUCAGGUGUGGAUGACGUGUUUGUUUUCAUAAACACCUACCGGCAGGCCACACACUUGAAAGAUCUCCACCUCCGCAUGGUCCACACCAUCCAGACAGCUGGCAAAGCCACUUUCUUUACCUCUUUGACCACAGCUGCAGCGUACGCAGCCAACAUUUUCUCCCAGGUAAGCAUUUUCAGGAGAGCUUUGCUUAUAACUUUGAAGGAAGUGGAGCUUGCCCGUGGCAAUGCCACAAUGAGGAAAUAAUACAACACAAGCAUCACCGCCCCUCGCAUAAAGGAUAAAAAAGUGAUGUCCAGGGUUGUAAAGACUGUGGAGAGAAUAAUUGGGUGCACUCUUCCCACCUUGGAUCAAAUCUAUGCUUCCAGGUGCCAUAAGAAAGCUGCAGAGAUAGUGCAGGAUAGUGCGCACCCCGGAAAUGAUCUUUUUCAGCUUCUGCCUUCUGGAAGAAGAUACAGGGUUAUAAAGACUAGGACUAGCCGCCUGAGAAACAGUUUUUAUCCAGAUGCGAUUUUGGUUUUAAAUGCAGUGUAAGGUAGUCUCUGUGGGAGUAUAUUGUAUUUAAUUAUGGGGUAUCAGAGUUUUUAGGGGGUUAACCAGACUGGAAUAGCUAGGAUAGCAGGCUUGUUGGUUUUUGAAUGUCUGAUGUAGAUUUUUUCAAUUUCGUUGUUCUUUAUGGGACAAUGACAAUAAAGAUUAUCAUAUCGUAUCGUAUCAUAAUGGUUUAAGGAAUCGACGUUUAGUCUGAAGUCAACAGCCUGUGUUUUGUUCAGGCGGCUGCUUUCCUUUCACUUCUUUUCUUCAUCUAGCUCUCCUGCAAAUGCACUGAGGCAUUGGUCUGCCUCCUCAGUUCUGGCACAUUUAAAAUGAGCUUCGUUCUCCCCCGUCCCCCUUUUCAACUCCAGGUCCUCCAGUUCUGCCUUUCCUUUUCCUCUCCUCUGCCCACCUGCUUUCCCUCGCCAGAUCCUUCUAAUCUCUUUCUUCCUUAACUUUUGUCCAGGGGUCCCCAAACUACCAUAUUUUUUGCUCUAUAAGACUCACUUUUUCCCUCCUAAAAAGUAAGGGGAAAUGUGUGUGCAUCUUAUGGAGUGAAUACAGGCUGCGCAGCUAUCCCAGAAGCCAGAACAGCAAGAGGGAUUGCUGCUUUCACUGCACAGCAAUCCCUCUUGCUGUUCUGGCUUCUGAGAUUCAGAAUAUUUUUUUUCUUGCUUUCCUCCUCCAAAAACUAGGUGCAUCUUGUGGUCUGGUGCGUCUUAUAGAGUGAAAAAUAUGGUAAGGCCCAAGGGACUUGUUUAUCUGGCCCGUGGCAACCGCUGCCUGCUCUUACCGGUGCAGCGCUGCACAGCUGCCCACUUCCAGGUCAGAGGAGCACCGGAAAUAGCUUGUGCGCAUGCGCAAGUGUUAUUUCUGGUGCACAUCUGGGUCGGAGGAGGCCCAUGCACAUGCAUUUUGAUUGGCAAGCCCUAGGCUCAGUGGUUUAGACCACAACGCCACCUAAAUGCAAACAGAAUUGAAAUCCGCCUCCAUCUCUCCUUUCUCCUGCAGAUCCCCGCUGUCCACGAUUUUGGCCUCUUCAUGUCCCUGAUCAUUUCCUGCUGCUGGGUGGCAGUCCUCUUCAUCAUGCCUGCAGCCCUUGGGGUCUGGUCCCUCUACUUGUCGCCCUUGGAGAACGCCUGCCAAGCCAGGUGAGGUUCAUUGACUGAGCUGUCAGAGGAGAACUUGCAGAGGGCAGCUGGUCACAUGGCCUAAUGGCUGAACAACUGUGAUAUCUGAGAGCCAGUGUGGCAUAGUGAUUAGGGUGUUGGACUAGGACUUGGGAGACUAGGGUUCAGAUCCCUACUCUGGAGGGGAGCUCAGUGGGCUACUGGGAGCCAUUCACCGCCUCUCAGCUUAACCCUGUGGAAGAGGCAUGGUGACAAAAGGGACCCCAUGUUGGUUUUCAUCGAGACCAUAUAACACCGGUCCUGAAAGACCUACAUUGGCUCCCAGUACAUUUCCGAGUACAAUUCAAAGUGUUGGUGCUGACCUUGAAAGCCCUAAACGGCCUCAGCCCAAUAGACCUAAAGGAGCACCUCCACCCCUAUCGUCCAGCCCGGACACUGAGGUCCAGCUCUGAGGGUCUUCUGGCGGUUCCCUCACUGCGAGAAGUGAGAUUUAAGGGAACCAGGCAGAGGGCCUUCUCGGUAGUGGCGCCCACUCUGUGGAACGCCCUCCCUUCAGAUGUCAAGGAAAUAAACAGCAAUCUGACUUUUAGAAGACAUCUGAAGGCAGCCCUGUUUAGGGAGGUUUUAAUGUUUGAUGUUUUAUUUUGUUUUUAAUAUUCUGUUGGGAGUUGCCCAGAGUGGCUGGGGAAACCCAGCCAGGUGGGCGGGGUAUAAAUAAUAAAUUAUUAUUACUAUUAUUAUUAUUGUUAUUAUUAUUGAUGCCUAAGGAAAGCACACCUAUUCAGCCUCAAAAACCUGUCUGAAAAAGAGGAUGCAAUAAUAUUGGCCUUCCCUGCAAGGUCGUUGUAAGGCAGGGGUUGGGAGCUUGUGGCACUCCAUAUGUUUGUCAGGGAUUGGUUGGACACAGAGGGAUGGUUGGUGAAACCAGAUGGGGAACCACCAAGGGAAAGAAGCUCAGAGGCCGGGGAGUGGUACUGGGAUGAUGCUGAGUAGUCAGAUGGAGAAGACUAGGGAGAGGACGUGUCGGAAGAUGAAGAGGUGGCAGAGUUUAGUGAGCUGGGAGAGUCUGUAGCAGGAAAAGUCCAGGAUCAGAGGUGGAAGCUGAAGCAGGGGAGGUGGGAGAUGAAGAGGCAGAGAUGAGCUCCCUUCCCUCCUUGUCUCCCAGAACCAGAAGAGGCAUGAAAAGGGCGGAGCAGAGGUUGGCUGCCUGCAGGUGUAGUCCUCAAUUGCUUGGGGAAAGCCCUGGAGAGGAGGGGAUUUAGAGGCCUGCGGGGAGGCAGGGAUUUUUAAUCUUGGCAACUGAUCCGUGGGGCAAGAUCUACCAGGCUGUGCUCAUUAGGCCUGACACUCCACCAAGUCAGUGCAGAUCGUGUUCUUGCUAAUAAAGAGUUAACUCCAACUUGCACAGUGUGAUUUGCUGCCGGCUCACCCCAGACAACUGUUGCUGGACUGCAACUCCUUUCAUCCCUGAAUAUUGGCACUGCCAGCUGGGGUUGAUGAGACCCCCACAGUCAGAGGCAGCGCUGCUUCUGACUACCAGUUGUUGGUACCCUCAGGAGGGGAGGGUGCUCUUGUGUUCGAAUCCUGCUUGCAGGUUUCACAUAGGCAUCUGGUUGGCCACUGUGAGAACAGGAUGCUGGACUAGAUGGGCGAUUGGCCCGAUUCAGCACUUCUUAUGCUCUUAGUUGGAGUCCAACAACAUGAGGAAGGCUGCAGGUUCUCCAUCCCUGCCUCCCAACUGGCUGGACUCCAGCUCCAAUUAGCCCCGGCCGGGGACCCUGUGCCACUUCAGGUGUUGCUAGACUACAACCUUCCCCCAUCCAUAGCUGUCAACUUACAGAUUUGAAAAUAAGGGAUCAGCAGCCAAAAUAAGGGUUUUUAGUCAACCAGCUGAAAUGCGAAGUUAAAAGGGACCAGAUAAUUUUGGAGAGCAGCGCUGGUUUUUAGCCCUUCAUUUCCAGAGGUUGCUGCUCAAGACACCAGCUGAUGAAACACUGCAAUUAAAUAACUACAAGCAGCAACCACUUUUCGCGCAAAACAAAGUCCAAGCUACGAAGAUGCUGCUGCAGUUCUGUAUCUUUUCUCUCGUGCUCCAUCUGCAGCUCUCAGUUCCAUUAGGCGGGGCGGGAGGAGAGGGGGGGAAAUAGCGCCCAAAGUAAACCCGCAAAUCAGACCAUCUAUGCUAGUCUACCACUACAAAUCUAUGGGAGAAGCGCUUGCGGUCCUUCCUCCGCUUUCCCCCUCUAUAGUUAGCCCUUGGAACACCUGCCCGCGACUCUACCUCCGCCUCCUCCUCCUCUCUCUGAACUGCUUUCUCUAUGGUUGCCCUCACUCUCCUCUCAAGGCUCCCCAGCAAUUCAUAGGCCGCGCCAGGCUGCCCAUCUUAUCCGGGUCCUUCGGUGGCGCAGCCGCAGUACAGCCUAGCGGGAGCGGCAGCGACAGGCAAAGGGGAGGGCCCAGGCAGAGAAGCUCAGUUUGGCGGCCACGAGGAGGAUGGCGGCGGAAGGGCCCGAGGCUCCUGCCAGUCCCGGUGGGGAGGGGCUCCCAGGGGCCGAGGCUAGUGAGAGGAGGCCGGAGGGGGGCGGGGCGGGCAGCCAAGCAACACAGUUGGAGCCUCCCUCCUCCAUGGCUGGCAGGGAGGGAGGGAGGGAGGGAGAGGAGCUGCUUCCUUUGAAACCUGGGAAAUUUAAGGGACAUCAUCAAUAAGGGACAGCAGCGGGACAUGGCUCUGGGAUAAGGGAGUUUCCCGCAAAAUAAGGGACAGUUGACAGCUAUGCCCCCAUUCCUCUUGGCUCUUGGCCAUGCUGGCUGCAGGCUGGGGGGGUGACUUGAAAGAAGCUGGAGUCCAGCAACAUCUCGAGAGCAUCACAGAUUCCCCAUUGGUGCUGCAAGGAUCCAGCAAGAAUGUGUGAAUUUUUGCAUGUCUCUUUCUCAAACCCUCUGGCGCAACAGCAGGGGAAAUUGCUUGCAUAUCAAGUGCACCUGAUGCCUGGCUCUGAGCACGACCCUUUCCCGAUCCGCUCUAUCUGCCCUUGGCUGUGUCGACAAUGACGAGCCGCAGGUGUUUUGCAAGGGGCAAAGUGCUCUGAGAUGCUCACUCGGCACCCAUCCCUCCCUCUCCCGCAGCUGCAGCCAGAAAUGCGUGAAGCCGAAUUCCCUGCAUGUUUCAGAUGGGCUGUUCAUCUCCUCGGAGGCUGCGGGUGGUCCAGGGCCAGGCGGCCUUCCUUACCUGGACGACGACAUCCCCUUGCUCAGUGUGGAAGACGAGCCAGGUAGGCAGUCCCUGGGAGGCAGGGCUGAGCUCAGUGUCCUUUUUAAAAAAUAAAUAAAAAAUCCAUACAAUACAUGAUCAUACAAAAGAGCUGUAACAUAACCGUAACAAUGAACGGUUUCCUUACGUUACAAUAAUGUUUAUUGCCAUUGUCCCAUAAAGGUAAAGGGACCCCUGACCAUUAGGUCCAGUCAUGACCGACUCUGGGGUUGCGGCGCUCAUCUCGCUUUAUUGGCCGAGGGAGCCAGCAUACAGCUUCCGGGUCAUGUGGGUAGCAUGACUAAGCCGCUUCUGGCGAACCAGAGCAGUGCACAGAAACGCCGUUUACAUUCCCGCCGGAGCGGUACCUAUUUAUCUACUUGCACUUUGACGUGCUUUUGAACUGCUUGGUUGGCAGGAGCAGGGACCGAGCAACGGGAGCUCACCCCAUCGCGGGGAUUUGAACCACUGACCUUCUGAUCGGCAAGUCCUAGGCUCUGUGGUUUAACCCACAGCGCCACCCGCAUCCCUACUCAUUGUCCCAUACAGAACAACAAAAUUGAAAAUCUACAUCAGACAUUCAGAAACCAACAAGCCUGCUAUCUCAGCUAUCCCAGCCUGGUUAGCCCCCUAAAAACUCUGAUACCCCAUAAUUAAAUACAAUAUACCCCCAUAGAGACUACCUUACACUGCGUUUAAAACCAAAAUCACAUUUGAAUAGCAACUGUUUCUCAGGCAGCUUCAACUUAAAAGAGAAAAUUCACUUAGAAGAGUUGCAAAUGGGGAUACCUACCUAUGAUGAAACUUGGCCUCCCUCCUUUUCAUAUGUAAGGGGGAGAAAGAAAGUAAAGCUCUCCCGCCAGCCUCACAAAACUGUCUGCAGAGAGCCUAUAGGGACUGCCAAUGUUUUAAGGCCAUGUAAAAUGAUGCCAUAAACACCUCAAGGACCGCAUCUUUCCAUAUGAACCUACCCAGACCCUGAGAUCAUCUUCUGAGGCCCUCCUUCCUGUGCCUCCUCCUCAAGAGGUCUGGAGGGUGGCAACAUGAGAACGGGGCCUUCUCUGCAGUGGCUCCCCAUCUGUGGAAUUCUCUCCCCCGGGAAGUUCACCUGGCGCCUUCAGAUGCCAGUCAAAAACAUUCCUUUUUAACCAGGCCUUUGGUUGAUUCAAUUUACAUCCUAUUCCUUUUUGAAAUGUAUUUUUUGUGGGGGGGUAUUGGGUUGUUGUUUUUAUUUUUAUUAGGUAUUUUGUGGUUUUAUAGCUAUUUUAUUCUGUGAACCACCCUGAGACCCCUGGGUAUAGGGCGGUAUAUAAAUUCAUUUAAUAAUAAUAAAAAUCUUAUUGCUAUGUUCUUUUCUCUAUGGAGAUUCUUGUUGUAUUUUUUAUGGAAAGAGAGAGAAUUCACAUGCACAAUAAAUACAGCGGGACACCUGGCUUGACAGAAGGACAUUUGAAAAGGAUUUGGGGCUGAGAUUCCUGCAUUGCAGUGCCCCUUCCAAUUCUACAAUUCUGUGAUUCCAAAAUGCUGAGCUAUAUAGAUCACUGUCCUAACCCAGCAAGCUCUUCUCAUGUCAUUGUUGCUACUGUAAUUAUUUUAUUUAUUACCCAUCCUCCCAUCAUAAGGUCCUUGCAAAUUUGUGAAAAUGACAUGCAGAAAUGUGUUAUAAUUAGGGGAAACGCUUUGCAAAAAGUUAUAUCAACCAAUCAUUCAAUUUAUUUGUCUUCUGCCUUUCCAAAGCAAAACCAUGCUCAAGGAGCCUACGACAUAUAAAAAAACUGCUUAACUACAAACACAUACCCUCCGACAUUUCUCUGGUGAAAAUAGGGACGUCCUAAGGUGAAGAGGGACAAUUACAGGUUCAAAUCAGAAACUGGGAUGGCUUCUGUAAAUCUGGGACCAUCCCUGGAAAAUAGGGACACUUGGGGUGGUCUGCAAGCAUAACAAAAGUCAAAAGUGUGUAGAAAAAGAUGUCAGUAUGAGGAGAAACCAGCACUAAAAUGCUGAAGAAUUUGCAUAAGAAUUUAUUCUCUUUUGCUGGAGAAAAGAGUGGAAAACCGAAUUUAAGGCUGGAGAUGCGGAGAAUUGGGAGUGUCAGAUUCUUCCAUCCCAAUAGCUCAGUCGGUAGAGCAUGAGACUGAAUCUUGGGGUUGUGGGUUUGAGACCCUUAUGGGGCAAAAAGAUUCCUGCAUUGCAGGGUGUAAGGGGUUGGUGCUGCCAAAGCUAGCAUAGAUAAAACUCCAGGCUCGCAGCCAGUUUCUGUCUUUAAGAUUUAUUUACAAAGUUCAAACAGUUCUGAGAGCUUCAAAGGCAUGUCCGUGCCUGUCUCACUCAGAUGCCUCGAAUGGCUUUUUCUUACUCCUCCUCCCCCAGCAGGCCAAUUGUCAAAAGACCCGCCUCUUACUUCUUCUGUUCAGUGAAUAGCUAGUUCUGGGCUCCCUGUCUCUUCUUCCGAGUCAGAUGAGAAACUGCUAAUUAGCUCUUUCGGCUCUCUAUAAGUGCUAGUCUCCCCCCUUGGCUCUCUAGCCUUUUGCACUUCCCUGACACAGGGGGUUGGACUAGAUGACCCUUGGGGUCCCUUCCAACUCUGCAAUUCUACGAUUCUACCUUUAAUGGGAUGCUGGACUAGACAGGCCAUUGGCUCGAUCCAGCCAGGCUCUCCUUUUUUAUUCCUAUGAUCUUCCCACCCACCAUCCCCUGAAACCGACUUGGGAUACCUGCUUCCUCACCGAGAGCAUUUGCUCAGAUGGAGAGUUUGUUUUCCUGCACAAACCUUUCCUCCCGCAAAGCGCUCCUUUGCAAUCCGGGGUCAGGUGCCUCUCAGGAAACAGCCCCGGGUGCUCGAAAUUCCUGCUUCGCCAGGCGCUUCACCUCGUUGAUAUGCCAUCCCUGCCCUGCAUGGUAAUUUAUGGAAAUGGCUUCUUUGCAGCGUUUCUGGAAUAAUAUGAGACAGGAGGGCAAUUUCCUCCGGGGACCCCCUCAGGUCAGCAGGGCAGGGAAGGUGGUUCAGUGUAUGCAUGCAUGAGGCUGUCAUUAUAAUGAAGGAAGAGAGUGUUUCUCUCCAACAUGCUAAACCAAGGAGGAACCAUACUUUGAGGCAUGGGCAAAGCCAGGAUUUAUGCUUUUUGGGGGGCCAGAAUACCCACCUCUCAUCAUCCUCUGUCUGGCUCUGUCUAGCAGAUUCUGAAUGAAAUGUCUCCACAACAGUUGUCUUAAUUACCUUCUUUUGACCCCAAGUGCUCAGAAAAAUCUCUCAGAAUUUUUCUACGAUUUCUGUGCGCAUAUAAAUAUGUGUGUGUGUGUGUGUUUUACAAUUUAAGAUAAACAUUUUACAUCCUUGAGAUAUCGAGGACUUCCCUUCUUCUCUUUCCAUGGUUCAUUUUACAUAUCAUAAAAUCCCUGCAUAUUUUACAAAAACUAUACCAUUCGGUAUUUCUGUUACUGCAUCCAUCAAAACUUAUUUACACUGUUGAAUUUAUCUUAAUGCUGCCAGCGUUUUCAGCUGUACACAAUUAUUCCCUAUAUAUUCAAUAAACGUUUUCCAAUCUUCUUUAAAUGUAUGUUCUUGUUCUCUUGUUCUAUAUGUGAAGCCUGCAAGUUGUACAUAUUCUGUCAAUUUUAGUUGCCAUUCCUCAUUGGUUGGGACCUUUAGUUGUGACAUUGAUACUGACAAUUUCUACUUUUAGCUAAGUAUUUUUCUUUAUUUACUUGCUUUUGGGGUAGCAGCUGACCCCCAGACCCCCUGGCGACACCCAUGCUUUCAGGAUAUUUUUUUGGGGGGGGGGUAACAAGACUAACAAUAGGGAGGUGCUAAAUGUAGGGGUAAGGGACACGGGUGGCACUGUGGGUUAAACCACAGAGCCUAGGACUUGCUGAUCAGAAGGUCAGUGGUUCGAAUCCCCACGACGGGGUGAGCUCCCAUUGCUCGGUCCCUGCUCCUGCCAACCUAGCAGUUCUAAAGCAUGUCAAAGUGCAAGUAGAUAAAUAGGUACCACUCUGGCGGGAAGGUAAACGGCAUUUCCGUGCGCUGCUCUGGUUCGCCAGAAGCGGCUUAGUCAUGCUGGCCACAUGACCCAGAAGCUGUACGCCAGCUCCCUCGUCCAAUAAAGCAAGAUGAGUGCCGCAACCCCAGAGUCGGCCACAACUGGACCUAAUGGUCAGGUGUCCCUUUACCUUUAAAUGGAGGGGUUAUCAUUUCAGAAUUUUGGGGGGAUGAAGAGGAUUAUCGUAAAGCUUUGCAAAUUUCACCCCUGGGAUUGGUGGGAGAGAGAGAUUGAAAAUAAAGCUGCAGAUAUGAUAUCGCCCAUUGGCACAAAUCUAGGGUGCAACUGCAAUGGGCAAUCUGUGUACGGGUCUGGUUGCUUAAGAAAAGAUAGAGGCCAUUUGGUGUAGUGGUUACAGACCCGGGUUCAAAUCUCCCCACUCAGUCAUGAAGCUCACUGGGUCUGACUUUGGGCCAGUGGCAGUGAGCACAACCUACCUCACAGGAUUGUUGUGAGAAUAAAAAGGGAAAGAGGAGGACUCUGUGCACCCCCAUGAGCUUCUUAGAGGAACAGGUGGGAUGUGAAGAAAAGGAAUGAAUGAUAAAUAUUGGUGGCUCGUCGGCACUGACAGCAAACCUAUCCGUCUCAAUGAACUUGCCCAACCUUCUUUUAAAGCCAUCUGGGUUGGUGACCCUCACUGGCUCCUGUGGGAGAGAGUUCCGCCGUCUAACUUAUUCACUGUGUGAAGGAGGACCUUCCUCCCUCUCAUUAUCAGAGGUUAACCCAGUGAAGGUGAAUGCUGGAAGAUUUGGGACAGAUGGAAAGGAAGGGAAAGGAGCCUUUGUCCUUAAAAGUGUUCUUUGCUCCUCUGCUAGUGACUCUGGAAAUGGGAGAUGUUCCCUUGGUCUCAGUGCUGCCUGAGAAUCUUCAACUCCCCACCAAGAAUAACAGCCAGGGGCAUCUCAUCGCUCACCUUCAGGAACUCCUCCAGGUCUGGGUUUUGUGGUCAGCUGUGAAGAGCAGAUGGGUGAUUGUCGGUAAGCAUUCCUGGAUCUGUUUUGUGGAGAUCCAAUAUUUAUUGCCAUAUAUAUGAUUAUCUGUUACAGUGGUGCCUCGCAAGACGAAAUUAAUCCGUUCCGCGUGUCUCUUCGUCUUGUCGUUUUUUCGUCUUGCGAAGCACGCCUAUUAGCGGCUUAGCGGCUUAGCGGCUAUUAACGGCUUAGCGGCUAUUAACGGCUUAGCGGCUUAGCGGCUAUUAACGGCUUAGCGGCUUAGCGGCUUAGCAGCUAUUAACGGCUUAGCGGCUUUAAGAAAAAGGAAACAAACUCACAAGAACUCGCAAGACGUUUCGUCUUGCGAAGCAAGCCCAUAGGGAAAUUCGUCUUGCGGAACGACUCAAAAAAUGCAAAACCCUUUCAUCUAGCGAGUUUUUCGUCUUGCGAGGCAUUCGUCUUGCGGGGCACCACUGUAAUUUAUAUUCUUCUCGAUGCCCAAUUAGGUUCCAAUGCAGUUUGCAAACUGUAGAAACCAGUUACACAACCAUUGAAAUUUAGAAGAAGGACUUCUAUAUUUCAAAUCCAGUGAAAUAUGAUCAAAAUGCACAAAGGACACUAUAUUAUUAUUAAUAAUAAUAAUAAUAUAAUCAAAAUGCACAAAAUAAACUAUAUUAUUAUUAAUAUAAUCAAAAUGCACAAAGGAAACUAUAUUAUUAUUAAUAUAAUCAAAAUGCACAAAAUAAACUAUAUUAUUAUUAAUCAUAAUCAGUGUAUUCAUAUCCUGGCUUUUCCCCAAACCAGGACUAGAGGCAGUUUAAAACUACACAGAUAAAAUACAAAGAGCUGAAAACAUGUAAAAGAUAAUUAUUAAAAAGUAAUUAAAUGCUAAUAAAAUUAAAGCAAUAUAAAAAACAAAUCUACAUAAAUGUAAUCCAUUUUCAGUUCUAAAGUAAUAGCAGUCCACAGAUACAAAAUUUGUUUUUCAAAGUAAGCCACUCGGCCCACAGAGGUGGAACAAACUUAGCCCAUGCUCAGGUGUUCUACAUAUAAACAUUAGUACACAUUCACAAAAAGCAACUAUAAUGCUGACAUUGUUCCUGUGCCGAAGUGGGAUGUGAGGUGAGAAGAUGCUGGCGCGGUCCAUCUUUGACCCUCUCCCCCUUUUUUCCUCCAGGGCUCUUCCUCUCUGUUCUCCUUCUGUCCGUCUUCUUCGCCAGCCGCCUCCGCCCAGCAAGCCGGGCUCCCCUUCUCUUCAGGCCCGAUACCAACAUCCAGGUCCUGCUGGACCUAAAGUACAACCUGAGCGCUGAGGGCAUCUCCUGCGUCACCUGCUCAGGUGAGUUGGGCCUCUCGGCUAGAGACCCAGCUGUGUUCGGAGAUUGCUGGUCAACAGAGAGCCAUCCCUCCUGGAGAUCCAAAAUAAUUGAUGCAAAAUAGUACCACUCUGCUUUUCCAUUCAGUGUUUAUAUUUUAUUUUUAUUUUAUUUAUUUAUUUUCCCUUUUUUAUUUCCAUGCUUAUUACAUACAAAAAAGGGGAACAAUAUUGAAAAGGGGGUGCAACUUGAGAGGGGAGGAAAAAAGGAAAGAAAAUGAAAUUUACACAAUCUGUUAUUAAGACAAAAAUUAUGACAAAAAAUUGUGAUUACAAUUUCAUGUUACAAUAAAAAUAAAAAAAUCUCGUCAUCUUUUAUACCCGACUUCCCAUUUAUUCCUUAAUUCUUUUUACAUAAAUUUACUGCCAUAUCAAAAUACUAUUUUUUUAUGUUAAUAUUUUCACAAUUUAUAAAUGUUUAUAUUUAUAUAAGCAAUUAAUAAAAACUGCUGGGAUCACUCAAAAGCUGCUACAGAUUUUAACAUGGUAUAAUUUUGAUAUGUUCUGAAGGCCUCCCAUUUUUGAUACAAAUUCAAUUCUCGGUUUAUUUUUUUAUUCCAUUCAGUGUUUUUAAGGGGGCUUGGGUGGGAAGGGGGCCUGCAUGGGUUGGAGAGCACAGCCUUGCACCCGAAGUUGGAUUUUAUGGGGCAAGAUUGUGUUUUGGAGCUGGCUGUGGUACAGAACUCGCAUCAAAUUGUGGGAGAAGUCACUAUGACUUUAGCUCCCAUCAGCCUCUCCCAAGAUCAUGACCAAAGGGUGAAAGAAACUCCUCCCCAGUGUGGUGUAAUGGUUAGAGCAGCGUUUCCCAAACUGGGGUCUCCGGCUCUUUUUGGACUACAACUCCCACUGGGUUCGAGUGUCAGGCAAAGGAGUGGGAGACCAAGGUUCGAAUUCAUGCUCCCUUGUGAAGCUGGCUAGGUGACCUUGGACCAGUCACCGCCUCUCAGCCUAACAGGCUUGAUUAAAGAGUUGGGGAGAGCCACCUUGAGCUCCUUGGAGAAAUAAAUAAUUACCGUAUUUUUUGCUCUAUAAGACUCACUUUUUCCCUCCAAAAAGUAAGGGGAAAUGUGUGUGCAUCUUAUGGAGCGAAUGCAGACUGCGCAGCUAUCCCAGAAGCCAGAACAGCAAGAGGGAUUGCUGCUUUCGCUGCGCAGUGAUCCCUUUUGUUGUUCUGGCUUCUGAGAUUCAGAAUGUUUUUUUUUCUUGUUUUCCUCCUCCAAAAACUAGGUGCGUCUUAUGGUCUAGUGCGUCUUAUAGAGCGAAAAAUACGGUGCGUAAGAAGGGGAAGGGCCAUAGCUACCCUCUAUGUGUAUUGUAUUGUUUUAUGUACUGUGGCUUGCCGUUUUAUUGAUUCUAGUUUAGAUAUUAUUGUAACUGUUGAGUGGAUUUCUGUUUAACUUUUAUAUGUUGAUAUUAUUUUAUACUAUUCUAGUGAUUGUUGAAUGUUACUUUUUUUGAUUUAGGUUGCCUAUUUUAAAGUUAUGUUUUACUAUCACAUUUUUGUAUUGCAUUAGAUUGUUAUAAGAUAUACAUUUUUUGUUUCCUCGGCUUGUAAACCACCUUGAGUAUUGUAAGAUAGAAAGGCGGUAUACAAAUUAAUAAUAAUAAUAAUAAUAAUAAUAAAUAAAUAGCUCAGUGGUUAGAACAUCUGCUCUGCAUGCAGAAGUUUAAAGCCCAGUGUCUCCAGAAUUGGGAUAAGGCUCCCUGUCUGAAGCCCCAAAGAGUCGCUGCCAGUCAGAGUAGACAAUACUGAUGGGCCAGUAGCCUCACUUUGUAUAGGGCAGCUUCGGAUGUUCCUGUGUCUUAAGGGAAGGGCUGUCGCUCAGUGGCAGAGUACAAGGUAUGCAUGCAAAUGGCCCCAGGUUUGAUCCCUGUGACUUCCAGGUGGGAUUGGGGUAAGAGUCCAAGAUAGUGGGGGGCUAGCCAGCCUAGCUGUCCUCCUCUUGAUGCUGGAGAUCCUUUUGUCCCUGACUAACAUUGUGUGACAGGCUUGUUUCAGGAAAAACCCCGUAAUUUGCAGAAUAACAUCCGCACCUCUCUGGAGAAGAAGAAGCGGGGAUCUGGCCUUGUGUGGGGUAGCCGAGGAAGCGCUGCAGGGGAUGGAAUUGUACAAGGUGAGUUAACCCUGCUCUUUAUCCGCAAAGGUGCCCAAAGCAGCUCACAUAAGAUUAAUAGAAACAGGGCAAUCUAAAAGUCACAACACAAAAGGAAAGAGAAGGGAAGAGGGAAGAGGAAAAAUAUGCAAACAUAGACACCAUUUCUUUAUCUCAGGUUGUUCUCUUGCUGGGUAUAUCUUGGAUUGAGAAAUGUAGUACAGUGGUACCUCGAGUUAAGUACGUCAUUCGUUCUGGAGGUCUGUUCUUAACCUGAAACUGGGGCCUCCUGCUGCCACCGCACCGCCGGAGCACGAUUUUUGUUCUCAUCCUGAAGCAAAGUUCUUAACCCGAGGUACUAUUUCUGGGUUAGCAGAGUCUGUAACCUGAAGCGUAUGUAACCCGAUGUAGCACUGUACAGUGGUACCUCGGGUUAAGAACUUAAUUCGUUCUGGAGGUCCGUUCUUAACCUGAAACUGUUCUUAACCUGAGAUACCACUUUAGCUAAUGGGGCCUCCCUCUGCUGCCGUGCCACCACAGUGUGAUUUCUGUUCUCAUCCUGAAGCAAAGUUCUUAACCCAGGUACUAUUUCUGGGUUAGCAGAGUCUGUAACCUGAAGCGUAUGUAACCUGAAGCGUAUGUAACCCAAGGUACCACUGUAUAAGCCUUCUAUUUUUCUGCAUGUGUCACUGAUUUAGGCUUGGAUGAAGGCAAGCUCAGAACAAAUAUUCAUACAGAGAUGGGACAGGCUGCCUCUUUCUCUUGCUGGUGUCGCACCUCUGCAUGUGGAAUGAUUUGAACCUUUUAAUCGCACGUCACAUCCACUAAUACAUUUAAAGCAUGAUGCUUCCUCCUAGCAUGGCUAGGAUAUUCCACAUGGAAAAGGAACAGAUCCUACAACCUACCCCACCCCACCCAGUGGCAGAAUGUGACUCAUACACAGAGGUGGAAGUCAGCCUCCUCUGUGAAUAUAAUGCCUUUAGAGAACCUUUAACCCCUCAACAUAGGGAUGCGGGUGGCACUGUGGGUUAAACCACAGAGCCUAGGACUUGCCGAUCAGAAGGUUGGCGGUUCGAAUCCCCGCGACGGGGUGAGCUCCCGUUGCUCGGUCCCUGCUCCUGCCCACCUAGCAGUUUGAAAGCACGUCAAAGUGCAAGUAGAUAAAUAGGUACCGCUCCGGCGGGAAGGUAAACGGCGUUUCUGUGCGCUGCUGUGGCUCGCCAGAAGCGGCUUAGUCAUGCUGGCCACAUGACGUGGAAGCUGUGUGCCGGCUCCCUCGGGCAAUAAAGCGAGAUGAGCGCUACAACCCCAGAGUCGGUCACGACUGGACCUAAUGGUCAGGGGUCCCUUUACCUUUACCUUUAACCCCCCCAAAACAAUGGUUUUCUCUUAGUCCUCUGCUGACACCCAGGUCUGGGAAGGUCUGGAAGGGUCGUCUAGCCGAAUUUGUUGUGGUGAUGUUGAGGGCGAAGUCUGGCUGGUGGGUGGAUUUUUCAGGGCUCCCUCAGGUUGACUGUACCAUGUUCUGCAGCAGACCCCCAGGGAACAGUCUACAUCUUCAAAUCCAAAGGCAAAGGGCGGCCAGUGCUCUACAGAUUCUCUCUCAAUGCCACCGUCCCGGCACCAUGGCAGACGGUGUCAGCAGGAGACGGGGACAUCCCCUCUUUCCUGGUGAGUUUCCAGAGCACCUAUCAAUUACCUGUGCGGCUGAGACACAAUGCUCUCAUUAAUGCAGCUCCAUGUAGGCAGGGCAGGGAAGGCCAAGAUAUGGGGAACGUCUCUGGGGGUAAAAUGCAUGGGAUUUCCUCCCCCCCCCCCCCCGGAGUCCUGUUGCACGAUGUGAGACUGGUUUUAUUUGUAUACAGUGGUGCCUCACAAGACGAAAUUAAUCCGUUCCGCGAGUCUCUUCGUCUUGCGGUUUCUUCGUCUUGCGAGCACAGCUAUUAGCGGCUUAGUGGCUAUUAGCGGCUUAGCGGCUUAGCGGCUAUUAACGGCUUAGCGGCUUUAAGAAAAAGGAAACAAACUCUCAAGAACUCGCAAGACGCUUCGCCAUGCGAAGCAAGCCCAUAGGGAAAUUCGUCUUGCGGAACGACUCAAAAAACGCAAAACCCUUUCGUCUAGCGAGUUUUUCGUCUUGCGAGGCAUUCGUCUUGCGGGACACCACUGUAUUAUUAGUAAUUGUCUGAUAGCGCCCAAGGUUCCCUGUUUAGGGCAGGAGAGGGGGACGUUUGUCCCUCCCGAUGUCACUAAACUACAUUUGGCCUGACCCACUGCUAGCUAUCUCAUGGAAUUUGCAGGGAAUUUCCCCCUGUUUACAGAAGUUUUAAAUGUUUUAUUAUUAUUAUUUUAUUUAUUAUUUAAUAUUCUGUUGGGAACCACCCAGAGUGGCUGGGGAAACCCAGCCAGAUUGGUAAGGUAUAAAUAUAUUAUUAUUAUUAUUAUUAUUAUUAUUAUUAUUAUUAUUAGAAUCGUAGAGUUGGAAGGGACCCAGAGGGUCAUCUAGCAGAACCCCCUGUCAUGCAGGAAUCUCCGCAAAAGAAUCCCCGACAGAUCGCCCAACCAGCCUCUGUUUAAAAGGAAAGGGAGUCUUGCCAUCCAAAAGUCAUUCCUAAUGACUAGUCCUUGCCAUUUGCAUCCAUUGGUUACUGGUUAGAGGGAGCUGGGCUUGUGCAAUAGUUUUAGCACACAAUCUGGUGUGGGGGUGGGGGUGUGUACACAGCAAGCCUGAAAGCCUUUAUCUCCUGGUAUGCCCCGCGGAGGACCUUAAGGUCCACAAAUGACAACACCUUGGCGGUCCCAAGUCACAAGGUGGUUAGAUUGGUUUCAACUAGGGCCAGGGCUUUUUCAGUACUGGCCCCGACUUGGUGGAACACUCUGUCACAAGAGAUCAGGGCUCUGUGGGACUUGAUGUAUUUCCGCAGGGACUGCAAGACGGAGCUGUUCUGCCUGGCCUUUGGUUUGGACUCAGUCUGACCCUUAUGUUUCCCUCCCCUUAUGGUUUCGAUCUAUGGGCUACUUCUAAAAUGAGGCUGCAUUUUAAAUUGCGUUUUAACCUGUAUUUUAAAUUGGUUUUAUUAUUAUUAUUAUUAGUAGUAGUACUAUGUUUUUACUGUAAUUUUAAUGGUGUUAGCCGCCCUGAGCCCGGCUCUGGCCGGGGAGGGCGGGUAUAAAUUAAAUUUAUUAUUAUCAUCUAGUUGCCACUUCAUGCAGGGGAAAGUGUGCGAUGCUAAUAUCUCUCUCUCUCUUUUUUUUUACGUCCCAUUUUCCUCGGCUCCGAGACAUGUGUUAGUGAAGUCUUCUGUUUUCAUUAAUCCAUUGCUUAGGUGUAUAGAGUUCCUUACGGUAACUUCACCAAGAGGCUGACCGCUUGUAUGUCCACAGUAGGGCAUGUCCAACAGACGGGCCCCAAGAAGUGGAUGGUGACCACCUUGUCGUGCGACGCCAAGAGAGGGUGGAAAUUCGACUUCAGUUUCUACGUGGCUGCAAAGGAACAGCAGCGCACGAGGUAAACGUCCGGUGACUAAACUCUGACAUGGGUUAGAAUAGACCAGGAGGGUCAUCUAGUUCAUGGGUAGGCAAACUAAGGCCCAGGGGCCAGAUACAGCCCAAUCUAAAUCCAGCCUGUGGACGGUCCGGGAAUCAGUGUUUUUACAUGAGUAGAAUGUGUCCUUUUAUUUAAAAUGCAUCUCUGGGUUAUUUGUGGGGCAUAGGAAUUCGUUCAUAUUUUUUUUCCAAAAUAUAGUCCGCCCCCCCCCCCCAAGGUCUGAAGGACAGUGGAACAGCCCUCUGCUGAAAAAGUUUGCUGACCCCUAUUUUUUAUUAAUUUUUCAAUUACAAUCCAAAAAUAACCUCAUUAUAACAAUACCAAAUUAUGAUAUAACUACUAAUACCCAGUGCUUUUUUUCUGGGGGGGACGGAUACCCCUAAACAUUUUGUGAAUCUUUGUACUUUUGUCCAUUUACUGUGUUUAUUUUUCCCUGUUUGAACUAUAACGUGGUGAUUUUCUGAGUCAAAACGAGAGUACCCCUAAACAUUAUUUUAGAAAAAGAGCACUGCUAAUACCAGUCAUCCAAAUACCGAAUUAUACCAUUUAGGUGCCCCCGCCCCCGUGUGCUAGAAUUGAUGGUUUGAUGCUUUUCUUUAUUUCUGCGUUCCAAAAUCUUAUUGAUUUUGAUUGCUUUCCAAUCAAAAUAAUAAUCCCUUAUACAACAACUGCAAUACAGUUGUACCUCUUGUUACGUCAGACUCCGGUUGCGUUUUUUCAGAAUACGAACGCGGCAAACCCCUUGCGCAUGUGCAAAAUUGGCGCUCUAGUUGCGGACUUUUCGGGGUGCGAAUGGCACCCCGGAAAGGAUCAAGUCCCUAACUAGAGGUACCACUGUAUUAAUAACUACCAUUCAUGCUGACACAUUAAGUGAUUUAUAGAACUACAAGUGAGGCACUCAAAUUAUAUCCUUGUUCUUCCUGUGUGUGACAAUUAUUCUGUCCGCUGAGUUUCUUCCUGUCCUUGUAAAGUGUUAUAUCUAUCUUUUCCUGGUUGUUGCUGUUCUCCAUCAUGCCUUGGGCGGAGCUGAUAUCCCAUUGUUGUUCCAGAAAUUUCUCCAUCGCUCCAUCCCAUGCUUCGCUGAUUUGCAACUUUAACAACAGCUACAGCAGCCAAAAGCACAUCAAAGUGCAAGUAGAUAAAUAGGUACCGCUCCUGUGGGAAGGUAAACGGUGUUUCCGUGAGCUGCUCUGGUUCGAAGCGGCUUAGUCAUGCUGGUCACAUGACCUGGAAGCUGUACGCCGGCUCCCUCGGCCAAUGAAACGAGAUGAGAACCGCAACCCCAGGGUCGGCCAUGACUGGACCUAAUGAUCAGGGGUCCCUUUACCUGUACUUUACAGCAGCCGCAUUCUUGGCUGGGGUCCCAUUUAUGCCUCAUAUAACCCCUGUUUUAAAGCAGCUGCACUGGCAGUUCAUUUCCAGGCCCAGUUCAAGGAGCAUAAAGCCUUAAAUGUCUCAGGCUUGAUAUACAUGGAAGAUUGCCUUCUUCCCCACCAACCUUCUUGGGUGCUGAGAUUGACAGAGGGGGCUCUCUUGGCCAUUCCUGGAAGAGAGUCUUCUCUGUGGUGGCCCCGAAGCUGCAGAACUCUCUCCCCACAGAGGUGCAGAAGGUGCUUUCAAUUCACAACUUCUGGCAGGUGCUGAAGGUGUCCUUCUUUACAUGUGCAGUGUAUGUUUUUAGGCUCCACCUUAUUUUUGUGAUGGGAAGUUCCUCUUAAUUGUUUGUUUCUUUAAUUUAAGAAAGCACAUGCACACAGAAAUAAAGAAAGACAGUGCAACUGAAUUAAAAUUAGACAUAAUUUGGGUUGUUUUGUUCACAGUCCCUGGGCAAAGGUUUAUUAUUUUUAUUUUCGGGUGCUGGAGUAGUGACAUUUCACUCUCCCCACCCCCCCAUCCUGAUUUUAUUCAUUUCAUUUUAUUACAUAUAAUGGUGCAAAUGUUUGAGAGAUACAGAAGCUAACUGUGGCUUCCCUGUUUGGCAUCAUAUGGUCCAUAACUUAAAAAAAUUAACCAAUGCAGUGUGGAUAAAUGGCUAUUCCAGAGAGAGAAAAACAAUGCCACGAACGAUAAGAUCAUGAUUCCAUGAUUACAUAUUCCACUGUAACCUGCCCUGGGACCUUAGGGUGAAUGGCAGGCAAUAAAUAUAUAUUACUAGUAAAAGUAAUAAUAGAAGUAGUAAUAGAAAUAUCAAUUGGGUGUGUGCAUGCAUUUUUUUUUAAAGUGGUACCUUGCCCUGGACCCUGAAGGUACAGUCUAUAUAAUCCCAUAGAAAAUCCCUAUACAGUGGUAUCUUGGUUCUCAAACUUGAUCCGUUCCGGAAGUCUUUUCGAAAACCAAGGCGUGCUUUCCCAUAGAAAGUAAUGCAAAAUGGAUUAAUCCAUUCCAGACUUUUUAAAAUAACCCCUAAAACAUGAAUUUUGCUACCUAACGAGACUAUUGAUCUGUAAAAUGAAAGCAAUAAACAAUGUACUGCAGUCACACAAUCAAUCAAUCAAUCAGUAGCCGAACUGGGUUCCACACAGUCACAAAGACAAAACAAAAAAGCCGCAGAAACAAAAACAGACAGACCUCAGCGUAACACUCAAAACGGAAGUGUGCCACUCAAAUCGGAAGCGUAACACUCAAAACGGAGCACGUUCGGCUUCCGAAAAAAGUUCGCAAACCGGAACACUUACUUCCAGGUUUGCAGUGUUUGGGUUCCAAGUUGUUUGAGUUCCAAGGUAUUUGAGAACCAGGGUACCACUGUAUAAUCCCAUAGAAUCCUAUAGAAAAAUGGCAAAAUAUUGACAAGCCAGGACAUUCACCGUCCUUUGUUGCCCUAUUGGCAGACAAUUUACCUGUUGGUCUCUGCUGUCAAAGCUGCAAAAUCUGGGUCAACUCUGGGAUGGAGGAGGAGAUCCAGACAUUGAAACUGUUCUGGCACGUCCCUGAAGCCUCAAGGGAUGAGCGUGAUGUUCUGUAACGCUCGUAUUGAUUGUCCAGAUUCAUUACUCUCCCCUUUCCUUCUAGGAAGCUCUACUUUGCCCAGUCCCACAAGCCCCCUUACCACGGCCGAGUCUGCAUGGCUCCACCCGGCUGCCUCCUUAGCUCCAGCCCCGAUGGACCAAACAAAGGCUUCUUGUACGUGCCGAGCGAGAAAGGUGAGAUGAAGUGGGAUUUGUGUGGCUUCGAUAAGAACGUCAGAAAAAGCCCCAUUGGAGCAGGUCAGUGGGUCAUCUAGUCUAGCAUCUUCUCAGAUGUCUGUGGGAAAGCUGCAAGCAGAAUACAAGCACAUGAGCCCUCUCCCCUCUGACCCUGGAGGCAGAGCUUCUUCUUCAUCCUUCUUUGGCAAUCCCUCGUAGCCGAUUAAGAUUGUCUUCCCUAAACACGGUCUUAACAGUGAGUCGGUAAGUGACUGUGGAGGCCAAUUCUGGAUCCACAUGACCUUCCACAGUGGGGACAUAGGUUUCUGGGUGGGAGUUGAUCAUGGUGAGGAUUUGCCAAGCGUGCCUUCCUCUUAGCACGUUUCUCCUUUGCGUCCUGAGUUCAGGUGUCUUCAAAGUCCAUGACACUUUGGGUAAAGGCUGUUCUCCAAUUAGAGCGCUCACAGGCAAGUGUUUCCCAGUUGUCGGUGUUUAUACUACAUUUUAGAUUUGCCUUGAGAGAGUCUUUAAACCUCUUUUGUUGACCACCAGCAUUACACUUUCCAUUUUUAGUUCGGAACAGAGUAGUUGCUUUGGAAGAUGAUAAUCAGGCACCCGCACAACAUGACCAGUCCAACAAAGUUGAUGUUGAAGAAUCAUCGCUUUGACACUGGGGAUCUUUGCUUCUUCCAAUUCCAGUAGUUCGUCUGUCUUCCCAAGUGAUGUGUAAAAUGGUCUCCUCCUCCUAUAGAUUUACUUAAUCCUAUUUUAAUGCCAUCUACACUGGUAGCAUCAGUUCCCUCAAAGCAUCAGCAUGUUUCUUGGUCACAGCUCUGGCUUAUCAACCAGCUGCAAAACCUCCCCCUCCCUCUUUCCUGACUCCUGCUUCCCAUCCUGAGCAGGCAAGGAGUAGCAAGAACAUGAUCCAUCAAGGGCAAUACAGCAAAUGCCUUAAAUCACCUUUGUGCAAUUCACACAGCCUCAAUUUGUUGCCAGAGUCGAGCCACGUUAGAUCAUAAUAACCUGCAGUUUCAUAAGAGUAUAUAAAGCAGGUGGAUAAAUGAGUAAAUUAAGUUAAUUUGCAUAGGCGGAAAAUAUUAAAAAUAAAUUUAAGGAACCGCAGAAAGAGGGGGAAGGAAGUCAAGUUCUGAAAUGUUAAAAUGAUUGGGAAAUUAUUGAAAUCUAUAAAACUGAAAAUCAUAAAUAAAAAAUGUGCCAAGCCACAUUGGAUUGACUCAGAAAUGAAACAGAACUAACUCUCUCUCCUUUUUAAAGACCUCACCAGAAAUAGCCUGGUUAUUUUUCUGAAGCCCAAUCUCACGGUUGCAAAGGCCACAUUUCAAAGUGUUGCUCCUGACCUUUUGAAAGCGCUAAGUGGUUUGGGACUUGGUUAUCCGAAGGAACACCUAUGUUCCUGUAAACCUGUGUAGACCUUCAGAUUGGUCCCGGGAGCUGUGCCCUUUUCCUCCCAUCAUGUUUUGCAAAAGCGUCAGACUGAUAGAUACCAGACUGGCCUUUUUGGGGGUGGCCCCCAUGCCGGUGGAAUUCCCUCCCGUGGGAUCUGCUUCAUGUCUGCUGCUGCUCUGGAUGUUUUUUAAAUGGGCCUCGAAGAUUCACUUGCUUCCAGGGCAAACCUAACAAGGGAUUGGUGGAGUCUCAGAUUCACUGGCACAUCCAAAGUCUUGCUGGCUCCUACCUCAGGAAGAAGUUGGAAGGCAUAUUUUGUUUCCUUUUUUUGCUGCAUCAGAUCCAUGCUGUUGCAAGUGAGGGAGCUGAGGAUCAGGCCCCUCAGGGGAGCCUCAAAACGUUGCACCCAGCAAAACCCUGCUUCUGCAUAUUGAGGGGCUUUCCGCUGGCUACCCUCUGUGAGAGAACCCCUGGCAGUAGCAACUCACCUGCCAGGAUGGAGCCUGAGAUUUCCACCACCACCAGUUCUACUUAUCUCUGUUGUGCAGCAUUCGAAGGAUGGUGGAGAAACUGCAUCCUGGAAAGAGAGACAGAUAAAGCGUUUGUUUUCAUUCGACUCAGGACAAAUAGCCCUUGCAGUGAAGCUGUCAUUGGCUUCGAAUCGUGAUGGCUGUCCACUGUCAGAGGCAGGAAAUGCUUCUGAAUACAGUGGUACCUUGGUUUAAGAACAGCUUAGUUUAGUAGCACCUUAUAGACCAAGUAAGUUUGUUCUGGUAUAAGCUUUCGUGUGCAUGCACACUUCUUCAGAUGUGCAUGCACACUUCUUCAGAUUCUGCAUACGAAAGCUUGUUGUUGUUGUUUAGUCGUUUAGUCGUGUCCAACUCUUCGUGACCCCAUGGACCAGAACAUGCCAGGCACUCCUGUCUUCUACUGCCUCCCGCAGUUUCGUCAAACUCAUGCUGGUAGCUUCAAGAACACUGUCCAGCCAUCUCGUCCUCUGUCGUCCCCUUCUCCUUGGGCCCUCCAUCUUUCCCAACAUCAGGGUCUUUUCCAGGGAGUCUUCUCUUCUCAUGAGGUGGCCAAAGUAUUGGAGCCUCAGCUUCAGGAUCUGUCCUUCUAGUGAGCACUCAGGGCUGACUUCCUUCAGAAUGGAGAGGUUUGAUCUUCUUGCAGUCCAUGGGACUCUCAAGAGUCUCCUCCAGCACCAUAAUUCAAAAGCAUCAAUUCUUCGGCGAUCAGCCUUCUUUAUGGUCCAGCUCUCACUUCCAUACAUCACUACUGGGAAAACCAUAGCUUUAACUAUACGGACCUUUGUUGGCAAGGUGAUGUCUCUGCUUUUCACCAGAACAAACUUAGUUGGUCUUAGGGGUAGGCAACCUAAGGCCCAAUUGCCACAAGCGGCCCACAGGGGUCAUUUAACCAGCCCCUGAACCAAGCUAACUGCUUGGUGAGUCCCCACGCGCUUUGCUAAACUGGUGCAGUGCAGUGCGGGGACUUGCUUCCACAGUACCGAAAAUUCCAUCUGUGCAGACACAGAAGCCGGAAAUUGUGGCUGUGAGCGUGCAAUCCGGCCCAUGAAGGGAUCUCCGCUGGAGUGAACCAGCCCAUGUGAGGUAAACCUUGCUGACCCCCGGUCUAUAAGGUGCUACUGGACAAUUUUUAUUUUUAUUAUUUUUUACUGUGUCAGACCAACACAGCUACCUACCUGAGCUUAAUUUAUGAACAGCUUGGAUUAAGAACGCUGCAAACCCAGAAGUAGGUGUUUUGGUUUGUGAACUUUGCCUUGGAAGCAGAAUAUGUUUCACUUCCUGUUGAGUGUGUUCCAUUUGUAAAUUGACUCCCCCGCUGCUAUGGGAAAGCACGUUUUGGUUUAAGAACGCUUUGGUUUAAGAACGGACUUCCGGAACAGAUUAAGUUCGUAAACCAAGGUACCACUCUAUUAGUUGCUGGAAACUGCAGGGGGGGGGGUCUUGUGCUUGGAUCCUGCAAACAGGCAUCUGGUUGGCCACUGUGAGAACAGGCUACGGGAGGCUACCUUUGAAGGUGACCCAGAAAUUGCAACUAAUCCCGAAUGCGGCAGCUAGACUGGUGACUGGGAGUGGCUGCCGAGACCACAUAACACCGGUCCUGAAAGACCUACAUUGGCUCCCAGUAUGUUUCCAAGCACAAUUCAAAGUGUUGGUGCUGACCUUUAAAGCCCUAAACAGCCUUGGCCCAGUAUACCUGAAGGAGUGUCUCCACCCCCAUCGUUCAGCCUGAACCCUGAGGUCCAGCUCUGAAGGCCUUCUGGUGGUUCCCUCACUGUGAGAAGUUACAGGGAACCAGGCAGAGGGCCUUCCCGGUAGUGGCGCCCGCCCUGUGGAAUGCCCUCCCAUCAGAUGUCAAGGAAAUAAACAACUAUCUGACUUUUAGAAGACACCUGAAAGCAGCCCUGUUUAGGGAAGUUUUUAAUGUUUGAUAUUUUAUCAUGUUUUUAAUAUUCUGUUGGGAGCUGCCCAGAGUGGCUGGGGAAACCCAGCCAGAUGGGCAGGGCAUAAAUAACAAAUUAUUAUGAUGGGGAUAGGUCUUUGGUCUGGUCCAGCUACCAGGCUCUUCAUAAGUUCUUAAGUUUAAACAAAGCAAAUGAUCCUCAACAAGAUCCUAAUCGCCGCCUUUCUCCUCUACAUCUUCUCCUCCAGCCUCCCCUAAAAUCAAGUUGUCCGUCACUUCUGGAUUCAACCCUUGCGGGAACGCUAGCUGUGGGAAACCGGCGGUGCGCCCCCUAGUGGACACGGGAGCCAUGGUCUUUGUGGUGUUCGGGAUCCUAGGGGUGAACCGCUCCCGGCGCAUGGACAACCACGUCAUCGGAGACAUGGUACACCUGCCUUCUUGCUCGGGGUGGGAGGGUUUGGAGGGAUGCAAGACCCUCUCUGCUCUCCCCAGAUUAGUUCUCUGCUGCUACAAGGGACCAGGCUAGAACAAGUGGGUUGCAAAUGCGGAGAAGAAGACGAACCAGGGCAGCGAGGGAUGGUGGGAAUCGCAGUCCAAUAUGCCUGCAGAGCAUCUGAAUCUGCCUGGAGCCACAGGGGAUGGAAACUGGGAACUUCUGCAUGCAAAACAGAUACUCUUAAAGAAGAAAAUACAGUUAUAAAAGGGGAAACCAGUGAAAUUUCUAAAAUAAUUGAAAUAUACUCAGAGUCUAGAGUGGAUUUCAUGCUCUUUAUUCAGCUCAUAGUGGUGAGGAGGAAUGAAAGUUUCCCCAAAGCAUCUGCUUUAUAUACAUUAUUUACACAAUGGGCUGCACGUGAUUGGCUAAUUCUGGGAUUCUCCUGUAGGCCAAUCAGGUUGUGGAUUCACUUCCAUCUGGAGCUGGAUUGGGUGGCUACUGCUGCAUUGUUCUAGGACCAAUCAGACUGCUGCAUUCUGAAUCCUAUUGUUCUAGGACCAAUCAGACUGCUGCAUUUUGGAUCCUAUUGUUCUAGGACCAAUCAGACUGCUGCAUUUUGGAUCCUAUUUAACUCAGUACCUAACAAUAAUACUAGAAACGGAUGAUCAAGAAGAUCAGUUAAAAGAGAUGUGGGAAAAGGAGACAACAGAGCAAACAGAUUAAAGCUGAGGGAAAAUACGGGAGAAGCAUACACUGAAAAUGUUUAUAAGAAUAAAAGAAAAUUAUUGGAGGUGGUAUUUAACUCCAGUCAAAUAAACAAGGAAUAUUCGGUGUUAUGUUGGAGGGGGUCCUGGGAAACAGGGAAUUGCGUUCACAUGUGGUGGGGGUGUAAAUAAGUACAAAUUGGGGGGGGGGGGCAAAGGGUUUUUAAUGACCUAACAGAAAUCACUGGGUUAAAACUGACCAGAAGUCCAGAGGGUAGCAUUAUUAUCAAUUUACGAUGGGAUGGAAGAUUCGCAGGCUAGGAAGGACUUGCUCGCAAAUUUAUUGACGGCUGCACGAAUUAUGAUAGCCAGGAAGUGGAAGGGGCAAGCAGAAUAUAAAAUGGAAGGAUCGUAUAAAGAGGUGGGAGAUAUAGCUAUGAAUGAUAAAUUAACAUGUGCCAUUAAGGUAAGACGGGGAAUAUGCAGGAGGAAUGAUUUUGAGGGUGUUUGAAGAAGGGGGUCCAACCAUCGCAAGAAAUGGUUGAAAUUUUGGGAGGUUGGAUAGUUCCAAUGGAAUGGUCUUGGUGGUGGGGUGCACAUUUUGAUUCUUAUUGUAGCCUUAUUGGAGUUCACCGAUUGGGUCUGCGUUGCUCUGGGACAGGAGGAAGGAAGUCAAAUGACACCAAGGUUGAUUCAAAGAAAGAGUUUAUUCUGCUCUCCGGAUAGCAGAAGGCACUUGUGUGAUCAAGUGCACAGCAAGUCCAAAGAAAUGACAUGCAGUUUCAUGCAGUAUAUAUAUCCUCCAGGCACCCUCUCCCUCCUUCCCAUAUAAAUCCAACCACUUCAGCCUAUGUACGCAGGUUGACAUCACAUAUGUUCUUGCUCUAGUAUUCUUAACCAUAAAAGGGAAUUCCUUCCUGUACUUCUGACCAUAAAAGGAUCUUCCUCUUCCUACUCUUAUCUUGGAGGAAGAGGUCGUCAUCUCCGAGAACACGCUUUGGCGUUGUUCCGGACUUAGGUCUGUGCGUCUUUUGUGGUCAGCACAUAAGAUAAGGCACAGAUGUGUUUUCUCUGUUCUACUGGUGCAGUCAGGGUCAUUCUUGCCGUCACAAACUGAUAAAGGAGAGGGCUCUGAGCACAGCUGGGUUUUUGUUUAUACGUUGACUCAGAGCUCAAGUUAAUGGAUUUUAGCUAAGGAAAAAUAGGGAUUUUGGUGCAGUUUCAAACUGCCUGCACAGUCAGUUUUGGGUUUGGGAAACCCAUUCCUUCAUUAUUUAUUUAUGGUUAUUACUUUGUCAAAAAACACUACCAAAAAACCCUGAUUCUCUACCCCUGAGCUCACCAGCCAUUUUGCGUGGGAUGCUGCCAUCGUACCAUUUCCUGCACUGCAGGUACCGUACAGGGCUGAGGGUCAGUCUGGAUGACACGCACCCCCGGGGUGCCCUUUCCAGCAACGUCUCUGUUUUCCCGACUUGAUCCCGUUGCCUCAUGUGUUUGUCUCUUUCUGUUUGUGUCUCCUUGUGAAAGGGCAGCGUCAUCUAUGAUGACGGCUUCGACCUCUUCAAAGAGAUUGGCAACCUGUGCAGGAUCUGCAAAGCUAUUGCCGGCAACGUGGAGCUGGUCAAGCCGGGAGGAGCCCAGUGCCUGCCCUCAGGUAUGUCGCCUCCUCUUCCAGUGUUGUGGCCCACCAUUUGGAGUAGGGGGGUCUUUGUUAUCACAGACGCAUGUAGGACCGACAGGAAAGGGGAGGGAGCCAGUGGAAACUACUGGGGUCCAGGUUCCAGCUACCUUGCCUCUGCUUCUGUCCUUCUCGGUAGUCUCAAGUGAGGAUAGCUCAGUCGGUAGAGCAGGAGACUCUUAAACUCGGGGUUGUGGGUUCGAGCCCCACCUUGAGCAAAAAGAUUCAUGCAUUUCAGGGGGUUGGACUAAAUUUAUACCCUUGUGGUCCCUUCCAAUUCUACGAUUCCAUGAUCGUUUGCCCAAUUGCUUGUGACAUCCAUUGUAAAAUCGGUGAAUUUCAAAGAAAAUAAUAAUGCAUACUGUCAGGGAACAGCCAUCGGCUCAGGGGGGAGAGGGGGAAAGCCGGAUGGAUUACAGAGAGCCCCCAAAGAUCGUGGGAAGCAGCUCCUCCUUCCGCACCUAGAGGGGAGGCGCAGACUGGGCGUCAAGAAACUACUCUGCUGGGGAAGGUUUAAGGACCGCCCACUCACAGAUUCGGCCAGUGAAUGAUCCAGCCACGGGAGAGUGGCGCUCUGGACAGAUCAAGUUUAUUUUGGCAUCAAAAGCAAGGCUUCACAGCCGAGCAGGGAGGCAUUUGCCUGCUUGCUCUCGAGCAACCCCUUUGAAACCUAACACAUACGUAUCAUUUUUAUUUCCAAAUGUUUAUUCCUAGAUAGAUAGAUAGAUAGAUAGAUAUUUAUAAUGCUCAGUGCAUGCACAGUUCUGAGUAACGCCUUGCUAACAUGCCACAAACCAGGCAUCUCGGAGUAUUUCCAACUCCCUGUGCACUUUGACAGCACAAUCGCCACUUACUAUGCACCAUCAGAUUUGUAGGUUUUCGUAAGCGGAAACACUCCGCGAAUCCAACCAAGUUGUGUGAUACGCACAAUGUGGGUUAUGAAUGAAUGAAUGAAUCUUUCUUUGCACCAGCCAUCAGCCAUAGCAAUAAAACAACAAUACGAUACACAAAGAAUAGAAAUAAAAAGUCCAUUAUAUAAAAUACAUUUUAGGGUUUGGAAUGAAUGGUCAAAUAGUGGAUCCUAUUCUGAUGGCCGCAAUGUGGGUUAUAUAUACAUGGAUCAGGCUGAAGGGGUCCCAUCUAGUCUGGCAUCCUGUCCUCACAUUGCCCACCCAGAUGUCACUGAUGGAAAGACCUGAAUGCCAAGAUUCUCCUAUGAUAACCGCAGCUGGCACUCAGAAGCAUAGCUGCCUCCAUCAGCCCUCGUGGCUCAUGGCCUUCAAAAGCCCUCUCCGCCAUGAAUUUUUACAUUCCUCUUCCAGAGCUUUCCAAGUCGGUGGCUAUCACCGCCUCUGGUGGCAGGGAGUUCCAUAGUUUAAAUAUCCUUUGUGUGAAGAAGAACUUUUAAGCCAAGGAAUAUACAAGCCAGACAAUACUCAUUUAGUCACAGUCUCAAGCUGGAGUUCAGGAGAAGGUAAAAUAAGAACCUAAGAACAGCCUGCUGGAUGCAAUGAGGUUAAGGGAACGUUCUUUCAUAUGUGGUGGACCUGUAAAAGGGUAAAAGAGUCUUGGGAAAUAAUCCAUAAUGAAUUGAAAAAAGAUGUUUAAAGGUACUUUUGUAAAAAAACAAAAAACAGAGUCCUUUCUGUUGGGGAUAAUUCAGACUGAAAUUCCCAGGUGUCAGAAAAGGUUAUUUAUGUAUGCCACUACUGCGGUCCAUGUUUUGUUAGCCUAAAAAUGGAAAACGAAUGAGGUCCCAAGAAGAAUGGCAACUUAAGCUGAUGGAAUACAUGCAGCUUGCAGACUUAACAUAUAGAAUAAGAGAACAAGAAGAACAUACGUUUAGAGAAGAUUGGAAAAUGUUUAUUGAAUAUAUAGGGGGAAAUUGUGUACGGCAGAAAACGCUGGCAGCAUUAAGAUAAAUUCAACAGGGCAAAUAAGUUUUGAUGGAUUUAAUAAUGGAAUACUGAAUGGUAUAGUUUAUGUAAAAUAUGCGGGAAUUAAUGCUAUGCAAAAUGAACCAUGGAAAGGGAAGAAGGGAAGUCAUUGAUAUUUUAAGGAUGUUUAAAUGAGUAUUCUAAAUUGUAAAACAGAAAAUUUAGUUAAAAAUUAUAAAAAGAAAGAAAGAAAAGCCUUCUGGAUCAGGCCAAUGACCCAUCUAGUCCCGGCAUCCUGUUCUCACAGUGGCCAACCAGAUGCCUGUGGGAAACCCACAAGCAGGAUUCGAACACAAGAGCAACUCUCCACUCCUGCAGUUUUCCAGGAACUGGUAUUUACUGCCUCCAGUGUUCAUGUUAGAACACAGCCAAACAGGGUUAGUGUAGCCUUAUUAGACUUUACCGAUUGGUGGGCUCUGCGUUGCUCCCGGACGGGAGGAAGGAAAUCAAGUGACACCGAGGGUUGGUUCAGAGAAAGAGUUCUUUAUUUCUGCUCUCCAGAACAGCAGAAAGGCACUUGCGUGGUCAGUCCACAGCAAGUCCAAAGAAAUGAGAAAUUUUAUGCAGUAUAUAUAUCCUCCAGGCACCCUCUCCCCCUUCCCCAGGAAUCCAGCCACGUCAGCUUGUACACGCAGGUUGACAUCACAGAUGUUCCUGCUCCGGCACUCUUAACCAUAAAAGGGUAUUCCUUCCUAUGCUUCUGGCCAUAAAAGGAUAUUCCUUCCUGUACUUCUGACCAUAAAAGGAUCUUCCUGUUCCUACUCUUAUCUUGGAGCAAGAGGUCACCAUCUCCAAGAACACCCUCUGGCAUUGUUCCCAGACUAGGUCUGUGCGUCUUUGUGGUCAGGAUAUAAGAUAAGGCACAGACGUGUCUUCCCUGUUCUACUGGUACAGUCAAGGCCGUCCUUGCCAUCACAAACUGAUAAAGGAGAGGGCUCUGAGCACUUGUCUAUACAGCCGGGUUUUUGUUUAUACAUUGACUCAGAGCUCAAGUUAAUGGAUUUUAGCCUUACCAUGAUGGUUAUGUAUUCUGGGUUGCACAAAAAGGAACCGUACAUCUAUCUACCCCCCUGUCUUUCUAGGAUACAGUAUCUCCACUGUCCUUCAGAUGCUGCACCCAGAAUGCAAGAAUCUUCCCGAGCCAAACCUCCUUCCUGGACAGCUCUCCCACGGGGCGGUGGGGGUGAAGGAAGGCAAAGUCCUAUGGAUCUCCAUGGCCUUCGAGUCGGUGAGGACUCCCCACCCGAAUUCUGUCACCCCAUUGCAGCUGCUUUGGAUUUUGAGCCAGCUGAGCUAUAUACUCAGAGUAGACUCCUUGAAAUAAAUGGACCUGAAUUCACCCUGUCUGUGAACUUCAGUUGGGUCUGCUCUGAGCAAGACAAGCACUGAUGACAACCUUCUGUUCUUUUGUGUACUCCUUUGUGUGUGUUAUUGUCAUUGAAAUUCUACUCAAUAUCAAGCCAGAGGAGAAUUCCAAUGUAUAGUUAGCCAAGUAAAAACACAUUGCAGGAUUCCCCCAAAAUAGACCAGAGGCAAUUGUAUUUCAUUCAGCAGAGCUUUACUGCUACAGAAGGCAAAUGAGCAUAAUGGUCACAAAUCCAAUACAUUCAGGAUUGAAUCUGUCCAUAAGAAAUCCAGUUGCAGCAGGCUUAAACUUACAAUAACUUAUAAUAAGUCUAAACCUUAACACUAAGUAUGCUAUGUACAGAACAUCACAUCAGAAGGAAGAGAGAUAGAAAGAGAAAGUGAAACCUAGGCUCCUUCUGGCCUUACUUUUAUAGUUAGCAUGUCUUUGACAGAAGAGAUAAGAGAAUCAGUUUAAGGCAGCUGUAAUCAGUCUCUCUAAAUAACCCAAACAUCAGGAACCUUUCAGAACCGUCUUGAAUUAGGUCGAAUAGGAAAGAUCUCUACACAUCAGAUCAAUACUUUCUGCACUAAGAAAGUUAUCCCCAACCGCUUCAUCUUUUGAGUUCUACAAGUAAAGUUUCUAGCCCUCAUUGGGUAAGGGAGACAUAGUCAGCAGGUGCCUUGAAUAAAGAAAAGGAAGGAAGGAAGACUAUAUGAAUAGCACAAAAUAUGUGAGUAACGAAAACCCCUCCACCAUCAUUGCAGAUACAGUCACCAAUAGUGCAUGCAUCUUAAGCCAAACAUCUAAGCCCUUCAGAUGUCCAAAUAGAUCCCCACAGGAAACUAACGUCCAUUAGGAAGGAGUUCACAGAUGCAAAAUUGAUGCAACUUCAGACCAAAAAGAAUAUAUUGCAGGCUCACAGCAUGUACCUCAGCGGGGCAUCCUCAGCAUCAUUGGACAGUGACUUCUAUGAAAACGUUGUCCAGUAUAUUUGAAAUGUUGAUUUCUGCUGGAUCGAUCUCAGUUUGGAGUCUAACAAGGCGGACCCUGAGGACUGAAAUGGGAACCUCUUUCUGUCUCUCUCAGACAACCUACAAAGGGAAGUCGUCCUUUCAAACUUACUCUGACUAUCUCAAGUGGGAAACUUUCCUCCAGGAGCAGCUCCAGCAGUUCCCCGAAGGCUCAGCUCUACGCCGGGGCUUCCAGACCUGUGAGCACUGGAAACAGAUCUUCAUGGAGAUCAUAGGUAAGUGGCUUUUUUUUUUUUUUUUGCCUCCGUGUUCUGUUCAAGGAGCCACUUGGAGAACCAGGGAUGGCUGUGAAUGGGGUCAAUGGCAGCAAAUUGGGAGCAUCCAUUCGCUGCAGACAGUGUGAAUUGAGAGUGAUUUGCAUGUCCCAGUACGUUUCCAAGCACAAUUCAAAGUGUUGGUGCUGACCUUUAAAGCCCUAAAUGGCCUCGGUCCAGUAUACCUGAAGGAGCGUCUCCACCUCCAUCGUUCUGCCCGGACACUGAGGUCCAGCGCCGAGGGCCUUCUGGCAGUUCCCUCGCUGUGAGAAGCCAAGUUACAGGGAACCAGGCAGAGGGCCUUCUCGGUAGUGGCGCCCGCCCUGUGGAACGCCCUCCCACCAGAUGUCAAAGAGAAAAAUAACUACCAAACUUUUAGAAGACAUCUGAAGGCAGCCCUGUUUAGGGAAGCUUUUAAUGUUUAAUAGGUUAUUGUAUUUUACUGUUUUGUUGGGAGCUGCCCAGAGUGGCUGGGGAAACCCAGCCAGAUGGGCGGGGUAUAAAUAAUAAAUUAUUAUUAUUAUUAUUAUUAUUAUUAUUAUUAUUAUUAUUUAUUACUGUGCUCCACCCACGUGUAUUAUUUUCCCAAAGCAGGCUAGGCCCAAGGCUGCCCUGUUAAGUGAGGAUUUGAAUCCGCCGCUCCGUGGACCUAGUCGAACUUCUACACUAGAGAGCCAGUGUCAGGCUAGGACCUGGGAGAGACCAGGGUUCAAAUCCCCGCUCAGGCCUGAAGCUCGCUUGGGUCACUGCCUCUCAGCCUGGUCUACCUCACAGGGCUGUUGUAGGAAUAAAUUGGAGAUUGUAGAAAGCCAGCUUGAAAACGUUGGCAGCAUUAAGAUAAAUUUGACAAGUUUUGGUGGAUGUUUUAGCGUGUUUUUAAUAUUCUGUUGGGAGCCACCCAGAGUGGCUGGGGAGACCCGGCCAGAUGGGCGGGAUAUAAGGAAUUUGUUGUUGUUGUUGUUGUUGUUGUUGUUGUUGUUGUUGUUGUUGUUACUGGAAUAAUGAAUGGUUUAGUUUAUGUAAAAUAUGCAGGGAUUUGUAAUAUGCAAAAUGAACCAUGGAAAGAGAAGAAGGGAAGUCAUUGAUAUUUAAGAUUGUCUAAAGGAAUAUUCUAAAAUGUAAAACAGAAAAUUUAAUAAAAAUUAUAUAUAAAAAAGAGAUUGUGGGAAACCAUAUACUCCACCUUGAGCUCCUUAGAGAAAUGAUGGGAUAGAAAUGCAAAUGUCUCUCUCAUUGCUGGGGCAGCUGUGAAUUAUUCCUCUCCUGCCGUCCCAGGAUGGCUUGGCAGCAUCUAUUGACUGGGUGGGGUAUCUACGUAUUUUGAAACAAUUGUUCUCAAAGCACGUUGCAACGAAAUGAAAACUCAAGCAGUAAAAUUACAGCAAUGGCAAGAGAGCGUCAUUUAUGAGAGGGAAAGAUGCAGGUGUUCACCAGUGGCUCCCCCAAAUUGUGCACCCCACUUGUGGAGCUGUUAAGAGACCUGGUGAGCCAACAGCCUUUGACAGUUGCCAAGUCAGACUGAUUCCAGUUCGGAAUGGUUCUCCAUUGCCAAAGGGUCGAACAUAGGCUAUCAUAGAAUUCUAGAGUAGGAAGGGGUGCCGAGGAUCAUCCCCUAAAAUGCAGGAUUAUGCAGCAAUGGCAAAAAAAACCCAAAAUAGCAUCUCAUGGCCCAACACAAAAUCCUUUUAGAGGGAGAUGGGAUGUGGGACCUUCUGCAUGCAAAAAGCUGUUCCCCCAAAGAUCCAAGGCCUUUGCCUUAAGGAACAGGAAGCGGCUGCCCUAUACUGAGUCCAACCAUUGAUCCAUCUAGUUCAGUGUUGUCAGCACUGACUGGCAGCAGCUCUCUAGGAUAUUUCCAUUCCUGCCUUUGAGGUGCCUCUGGGGGCUGAGCCUGGAACCUUCUCCAAAGAAGGCAGCCUUGUUUAGGGAAGCUUUUAAUGUUUAACAGACCGCUGUAUUUUAAUACUUUGUUGGAAGCUGCCCAGAGUGGCUGGGGAAACCCAGCCAGAUGGGCGGGGUAUAAAUAAAUUAUUAUUAUUAUUAUUAUUAUUAUUAUUAUUAUUCAGAUGCUCUGUCACUUGAGCUACAGCCCUCCCUGCACCUCUUUGGACAAACAGUUUGUGUGCAUGUUUUAAACAUAAUAAAUAAAAUCUCUCCCCCCCUUUUUUUCAGGUGUGCAGAGUGCGCUGUAUGGUCUCAUCCUCUCCCUCGUGAUUUGUGUUGCUGCUGUUGCAAUCUUUACCACACACGUGCUCCUCCUGCUUUCUGUGCUGCUCACCAUUUUAGGUAGGUACCUAGUUGUGAUUUUGAAACUUUAGCUUCCUUGCCUGGAUUCCUGAGAACGCGGGAACCUGCCUGAUUGGACUAUCUGUUCAUUUGACCCAGUAUUGUCUGCUCUGACUGGCAGCAGUUCUCCAGCUAGACCUUCCUAAUGUUCAUAGUAAACUUUCAUUUCAUUACCUCUGUGUGUGUGUGUGUGCUCCCUGCAGGGGUCGUAUGCUUAGUAGUGACCAUCAUGUAUUUGUCCGGCUGGGAAAUGGGCGCAGUGGAGGCCAUCUCCCUCUCCAUCCUCGUCGGCUCCUCUGUGGACUAUUGCGUCCAUCUUGUGGAAGGCUUCCUUCUGGCAGGAGAGAACCUGCCGCUUCACCUGGCGGAGGUAGGACAGCUGUCCUUUUUAAAAAUAAAUAAAUAAGUAUUUUUUCUUGAUUUGAUGACAACAAAUGGCACAAAUCUCAAGACUAUAGAUUACAGUGGUACCUCGGGUUACAUACGCUUCAGGUUACACACUCCGCUAACCUAGAAAUAGUGCUUCAGGUUUAGAACUUUGCUUCAGGAUAAGAACAGGAAAUUGGGCUCUGGCGGUGCAGCGGCAGCAGGAGGCCCCAUUAGCUAAAGUGGUGCUUCAGGUUAAGAACAGUUUCAGGUUAAGCACAGACCUCCGGAACGAAUUAAGUACUUAACCCAAGGUACCACUGUACUCCAACGUGAUCUGUGUGGGGCUUCCCUUACAUUUGGACCAGAAGCUGCAGUUAGUGCAAGAUGCUGAAGGAGUGAGACCCUCUUGUCCUGGUUCACUACUGGGACAAAUUCAAGGUUUGGCUAUUAGUAUAAGGUAAAGGGACCCCUGACCAUUAGGUCCAGUUGUGGCCAACUCUGGGGUUGCGGUGCUCAUCUCACUUUAUUGGCCAAGGGAGCCGGCGUACAGCUUCCGGGUCAUGUGGCCAGCAUGACUAAGCCGCUUCUGGCGGACCAGAACAGCGAACGGAAACGCCGUUUACCUUCCCACCAGAGCAGUACCUAUUUAUCUACUUGCACUUUGACGUGCUUUCAAACUGUUAGGUUGGCAGGACCAAGGACCAAGCAACGGGAGCUUACCCCGUUGUGGGGAUUCGAACCUCUGACCUUCUGAUUGGCAAGUCCUAGGUAUCCCUGUUUACCAACAAGAACACCUUACCCCAUAAUAAGGACGUGGGUGGUGCUGUGGUCUAAACCACUGAGCCUCUUGGGCUUGCCGAUCAGAAGGUCAGCAGUUCGAAUCCCUGCGACGGAGUGAGCUCCCGUUUCUCUGUUCCAGCUCCUUCCAAUCUAGCAGUUCGAAAGCACGUCAAAGUGCAAGUAGAAAAAUAGGUACCGCUGUGGCAGGAAGGUAAACAGUGUUUCCAUGCGCUCUGGCUUCCGACACGGUGUUCCGUGUCCACAUAACCCAGAAAGCUGUCUGUGGACAAAUACUCACUCCCUCGGUCUGAAAGCGAGAUGUCGCAACCCCAUAGUCGCCUUUGACUGGACUUAACUGUCCAAGGUGUCAGGGACGCACCGGUGGUUUCACGUUUCCUGGAGGGAGGUGGGAACCUGGGAGCAGAAGACCACGUUUCCUGGAGGGAGGUGGGAACCUGGGAGCAGAAGAAGUGGACGAGAUGCCUGAGGGGGAGGGAGAUACUGAGGAGAGAGCGGUUGGAGUAAGCCGAAAGGAGGAGGCAGGAGGCAGGAAGGGCUAGAGAGCCAGGAAGAUCACAGGAACAGCAAGGGUUAAGCUCAAGCUCAGAAUUGGGGGAGAGGUUUGCUAGUGUCCUCACAAGAUGUGUGGAGAAGAGGAGGGCGGAAAGGCCAAGCGGGAAACUUUGUCAUUUUAUGAGUUGCUGGAGUUAUGAGUUGCUGGAGGGGCAAAUGCAGGCCUCAGCAGAGAUCUGAACUGAGUGACUCUGAUGGAUGAUAACGAUGUGCUAAUGACUCAUUGUAAAUACAGUCAUACCUCCGGUUAGGGAUGCUUCAGGUUGCAUUUUUUCAGGUUAUGGACCCGCCAAAACCCAGAAGUACAGGAACGGGUAACUUCCAAGUUUUGGCGGUCGCCCAUGCGCAGAAGUGCUAAAUCGCGCUUUGUGCAUGUGCAGAAGUGCCAAAUCACAACCCGCGCAUGCGGAGAUGAGGCACUACAGGUUGUGAAUGCUGCUGGUUGCGAACGUGCCUCCUGCAUGGAUCACAUUCACAACCCGAGCGUCCACUGUAUUGUAAAUAAAGACUAUAAAAACGUCAAGAGGCUUCCGUGGUGAUUGUUGUGAAGAGAGGAAGCCCACAGCUCUGACACAGGGGUCCUUUACUUUUACCUUUUUACCCCAUAAGUGCUCACUCAACCGCUUUGAUCAGGCUUGUUACAGGUGCCAUGUAAUACCUAUUCCCAGGGCUUUUCCCCCCCAGCCAGAGCUCAGCUCAGGUGGGCAACAUUGCCGUUCUAAGAGAACAAGGGAGAGGUUCAUGGUGAGCUCCAGCAUCUCUUUUCUUCCUAGAAGAACAGCACUGCCUGUUCCACAUUUGUAAGAAAAUGGAGUUUUAAACUUGGGAACUCCCUACCCCUUGAUACACAAGCAGACACCUGCUCUAAAAAAAUGUUAUCGUUUGGACAAACCUAUCCAGAUGUUUAGCUCAGACUACUGCAAUGCGCUUUACGUGGGGCUACCUUUGAAGGUGACCCAGAAACUACAACUAAUCCAGAAUGCAAUAGCUAGACUGGUGACUGGGAGUGGCCGCCAAGACCACAUAACACCGGUCCUGAAAGACCUCCUUUGGCUCUCAGUACGUUUCCGAGCACAAUUCAAAGUGUUGGUGCUGACCUUUAAAGCCCUAAACGGCCUCAGCCCAGUAUACCUGAAGGAGCAUCUCCACUCCCAUCGUUCAGCCCGGACACUGAGGUCCAACGCUGAGGGCCUUCUGGUGGUUCCCUCCCUGCGAGAAGCAACAUUACAGGGAAGCAGGCAGAGGGCCUUCUCGGUGAUGGCGCUGCCCUGUGGAACAUCCUCCCAUCAGAUUUCAAUGAAACAAACAACUAUCUGACUUUUAGAAGACAUCUGAAGGCUGCCCUGUUUAGGGAAGUUUUUAAUACUUGAUGUUUUAUCAUGUUUUUAAUAUUCUGUUGGAAGCUGCCCAGAGUGACUGGGGAAACCCAGCCAGAUGGGUGGGGUAUAAAUAAUAAAUUGUUGUUGUCGUUGCAAUUUGACGGCAAGUUUAAAUCUGGCUUUGGUCUGCUGCUGAUUUAGAUUUAGGGGAUGCCCCAGCUCAGUGUUGACACUUUUAUCUUAUUUUGUAACACACUUUCCCCCCCCCUUGUGUUUCCUCCUUUCAGGACCCCAACUCCAGCCGCCAGUGGAGGACGAUCGAGGCGGUCAGCCACGUGGGCGUAGCUAUCGUUUCCAGCGCCAUCACCACCGUCAUGGCCACCGUCCCCCUCUUCUUCUGCAUCAUCGCCCCCUUUGCCAAGUUCGGCAAGAUCGUGGCCCUCAACACGGGGGUCUCCAUCGUGUACACGCUGACUGUGAGCACCGCCCUGCUGAGCAUCAUGGGGCCCCCCUCUUUCACCCGCAGCCGGACUUCCUUCCUGAAGGCCCUGGCAGGGGUGCUGGUGGCCAUCGGGGUGGGGCUGUGCCUUUGCCUGGUGCUGCUCAGAAGCGGAUUCAAGAUCCCUCUGCCCAAUGGGACAGUCCUAUAG